GUCCAUAGAUUAUAUUAAGGUGUCGAUAACUGUGAAUCAUUCAUCAUCGAAUGAUUCUUUAUCACCUGUUAAAGUAAAACAUUUAUCACUCGACACAAUUCAUUUCUAAUUAAACACUUUCCUCGACGAAUGAUUAGUUGGUCAAGGUUCAGCUGGAAAGGUGCGACAGUUGUCUCGAGGAGUAUUUAACUUUCACUGUGCUUCAAAUGCAAAUUACGAAACUCUAUUCAAUCCAUUCUUUCCGUCGUUUGGGAAAAAUGAAUUUCUCGGCUAUGGGUUUGGUCCACACGCGCGUACCUGCCGCGGUAUGCAAAACCGCGAAGCCGUUUUUACACAGUCAACGAACCUGAUCGCGUGUAACACAAUUCCGUCGAUCGUUCGUGACACCGAUCGUUUACCUGGUCGAUUCAACGUCUACUGUUACAUGCCCAGGACGUUCCACUUUCUAUGAAUCGCAAGAAUUCCGUCAAAGUCGCGGUUUAACCCUUUCGAUACUGCGAAUAUGUAACUGAGGUAUUUCGAAUUACCUGUAAAUUGGCUGACUAUUAUUCAUUUUUCUAAUUGGAAAUAAUACGUUUUCAAAGGGCUUAAAACAGUGGCCCUUUUAAUUUCCAAAUGAAAUUUUGGAAUUUUUAAUUUCGGAAGAAUCGAUAGUGUUAUGCAUUCUCAUGGUUCGUACAUGGAAAGGGUUGUCUUCCAAAGUAUUUUCUCUGCAUUCGAUGCGAUGAAAUAGCGAUUGAAAGAUUCAAUCAUGCCCACGAAGAGUGUGGAGGCGGUGGAGAUUUUGGAAGCCCUCGAAUCGAAGCUCGCGUACAUUCCAGGAGGAAGAGAUCCAGAAGGAAGACCCUUGAUCGUGGUCAACGUUCCUUCAGAACUGCAACCGAACACGAAACCAUGGCUGGAAGCUUUGAUCGCGUACUUCCUGUCGAUCUUUAGCGAAGAAACGAAGAAAGCUGGUUUGGUUCUGAUCGUGGAUGCGAGAAGAGGUGCAUGGCGCGUUGCAAGGUCCUGCAUCAGACUGUCUAUGCUACUUUUCGGAUCAUUCGCAGCUUCGGUCAUCGUUCUGAGACCUGAUGGUUUCUGGGAUAAAAGGGUGGACAGUUGUACCAAGUCCCAUAAAGAAGGCGAGCCGACGUACCUCACUCUGACGAGGCUUCACCUUCACGUUGAUUUUGCUCAGCUGCCGUACGAGCUGGGUGGUAAUAAACUUUACGAUCACGCUGAAUGGAUUCAAAAACGUGUGAAAAUAGAAGAUUACUGCAAAGAAGCGUCUGAUCUAGUGUCCAAGAUGACUAACUUGCACCAAAGAUUAAUCAGCCUCGAUGGUUUUCGAAUGUCGGAAUCGGAUGAUGAUUUGGAGUCGUAUUGGGGGAUGAGCAGUGAAUUAAUAUCAAUCGCGCGACACAUUCUUCAAUCAGGUAGAAAUUUAGUGAGCUCGAUGAGCAGAGAAACAGCGAAGGAUAUUUUAGACACAACGCGAAGGAUCCAUGAGCUCAUCGAUUCCAUUGAAUUAAAACAGGUGGAUAUCGAGAACUCUUGGUCGGAAAUGGAGAGGAAUUUGGACACAGCCAGGGUAAUCGGUGAUCUUGAGAAGGGUGUGUCCCGGGUCACUGAUUGGAUCCUUGGACCAGCCGAUGCGAUGUUAAAUUCUUGUUGCCAAGUUGGAUUCGACGUAUCUUCUUCCGAAGAACUUCGCAGACGACACGAGGAACUGGAAUUGGAGUGCAGGGAGACAUAUGGGAGAUACGCAGAAUUGCUUCACAAAAUAGAUAGUCUACCAAGCACUCGAUUGUCGGAAGAUCUAAAAUCUCAACGAGACUUCAUGGAUUUCGUGUGCAGAAGUUUCGCAAACAGACUGGAAAGACGACGAAACGUGUUAAUUACUUCGCAAAGAUUCUUCAGACUAGUUUCCGAGUACUUUGACAAAACGAGCGAAGUGUUCGACAAGUUGGUGAUGGGUAACAGGACCCAUGAUUUUUCUCAGGCUACUGCAAAUCUUAUGAAACUGGAACAGAGUCAAGCGAUUCUAGAAACGUUGGAACGUGAAUUGGUAAAGGAAGGUGAAAAAUUAUCAGACAUUCUCUCGAUGCCUGUGAAGGAUGCUCUUGGUAGAGACGUGCAAGUCGACUAUGGUGAAGAUAUAGUAAACGUUCGAGAUAUUUUAGAUGCAACAAAUGCUCGGAAAAAUAUUUUCAACGAUAGCGUUGAAUUACAGAAAUUGUCUCUGAAACAGAUCGCAUUGAUAUACACUUACGAGAACGACGCCGAGCAGGCAGUUAAAUGGUUGAACGAUUUGUACGAAGUUCUACUGAAAAAUCAUAUGGAAAUAGGAUGCAAUGCUAUUGAAAUACAGUCACAGAAAAAGGAACAUCAAUCGUUUCAGGAAACUGCUAAAGGAACCUACGAUUAUGGUUGUCAAUUGGUGAACGGAGCACGGGUGCUGAGGUUGUCCUGCAGGUUGCCUCUGGAAAGUAAUGCAAGUCUGUUCUCAAGGCUGCGACAAGCUUGGAAACAGCUUCGUUCCGUUGGUCAGGAACAAUUAACGAGACUGAGAGUGUGUGCUGUCUUUCACCGAAGCGUCGAAGAUCACUGCUCGAAAUUGCGCGAUCUGAUCGAGGCGGUCGGAUUGUUACGUCGCUCUUCAAGAAUAGAGGAUUUAGCUGCUGAGAGCAGAGCCAGAGCUGAGAUAAGGGACAUCCUGGGUAACCGAGAGAAGCUUCUUCUGGAAGUUGGACGAAUGGUGAGGCUUGGUCGUCUUUUGAGAACCAGAUUGAAGGAACCAUUGUGCCAUCAACGAAUGUCUGAGGCCGAGGAUGCCUCGGGGAAAGGCAGUAACCUGACAGCGGUGGAAGCGAUCUCGGCGAGAUUGGCGGAAGUAACGCGACUCGCCGAGAAACUGGACGCGAGACUUUGCGAGGCUGGAGCCAGGACUCGACCAGUUCCCAUGUCAUCGUCCGCGAUGUCCUCCACGUCUUCCCUCUUCUCAUCGUCGAAUCAACCAACGACGACUAGCCUCGCGGCAACGUCCGUUCAGAGUCAACCGAUUUCAGCUGGAAUAUCGUCGAUAACUUCUAUGCCAUUGAUAUGUACCUCAGAGUCGACGGUGCCGUUUGGAACGAAAGGUGUUUGCACGGUUUUGGCAACGAAAAGCAGCGUCGCUUCGUCGAAACCCGUGGAGAGGUCAACGUCACCUGUGCAGGUGAACGGAGGUAUCAGCGGUGGUACCGGCGAAGCUGUUGCUGGGUCAGAACCUUCUAAACCGGAGAAGAAGAUUGUCGAGGAAGAUACUCGAGAAAUGGGAAGUGAAAUUUAUAGGGACGCUAGCGAAGAUAAAAUAGAUGAUAGCCAGGAGGAGAAAUUGAAAGAGGAAAUAGAGGAUAUUAUGGAGAAAUCUUGCGAGGGGAGUUUGGCUGACGGUUCUAAUAUCGAGGACUACGUGACAGCCACCGAAUGUUCCAUAACUCCGACAGCUCGUUCCAGAAGCGAAUCCUUCGUUACGACUCCAGAAUGCGAAGAGCUUGCUGCCACGGUAGCUGCGACGAGCGCGUCCGACAUCUGCUGGAACAUCGAGGAGCCUAAAUUUAUCAGCUCGAACGCAGCGGUAUCCUCGUCUCUGAUUAAACAAGAGGAAGCCUCGAAGGGUCAAAAAGUAGAAAGAAGCAACGCGUCAAUGGAAAGUUUUAAACCUGAUAUUUACGAAACGAACGGUGAGAGACAAGUAGAGAAACUCGUAUCGAUGGAAAAAAGAGUAGACGAGAAGUCUGGAAAGGUUGUAAAGGAAGUUACUGAAACGACGACUCUGCGCGUAUCGCACGACACUCGAUUGGGUAUCGCGUCUUAUAAAGUGAUAUCGAAUACCACUCAAGAUCAUCGUGAAAAGGUGGACGUGAAGGAAAUCAAGGAUAUCGAGCGCAUCGUAUCACCGGACGUUCAUGAGAAAACGAACGGAUUACAUCACGAUACAGAAACUGGUUCGAAAACGGAUUCGUACACUCGAAGGGACGAGUUGUCAACGAAAACGGACGAUACGGAGCGUACGAUCAAAUUCACGAAAAUAUGCGAGGUGAGCCAAGAAGAGAAGCCACGCGUGGUAUCGGGUGAUACUUCGAAGGAUAUGACGUUAUUCUUGAAGGAGUACACGCGACACCACGAAGAUAGCGGUAUCGAGAUGUCGCCGACGAAGAAGGAGGAGACCCUGGAGUGUCAAGAUUUCCUCGAAAAUGCGAGGAAGAGCGGAGAAUGGCUGAGACUGAAGGUUCUGGAGGUUCAACCAGAAUUAACGAAGCUCGGUGCUUCCGUGGAAGAAGCGACCGAGUUGUCGAGUGCACACGACGAAGUUCUGCUUCGAUUGCAGAGCAAACAGAGCCCGGUGGAAGAGUUACUCCGACAGGCUGACCAAUUGAUUUCGAACCAAAGGCCGCGGGCGGAAGUGUACGCGGCGAUGGCGGAAACGUUGGGCCAAGCAUGGCGCGAUGUGAACGAGCUUUUGGAGCGUCGAAAACAGAUCCUCGACUGUAACGUGUUGUUUCAAUGUCGAGCCGAAGAGUGUCGCGAGAGCAUGAGAGCCCUCGAAAUGGCAUGCAACGACACGUUAUUGCCUAUUGAAAUCGAGGCGGUUAAAAACUUCCUGUCCAAGAUCCACGAUCUUCGGAAGAACAUGUUGGAAGCUUUGAUGGGUGCUUUGCAAGAAGGAAAGAAUUUAUUGGACAGAUUGAAGGAAAUCGCGAACGAAGGCACAUUGGAUUCCAGACCGGACAGGAUUAAGCUCGAAGCUGAUCACGCCGUAUUGAAAGUAGAAAAAUGGUUGGAAGAAUUGCACGACAGAAGACGUUUGAUCGAAGCCUCGUUUCGUAGCAGGAAGACACAAUUGGAACAAUGCCUGGCUCUAGCUCUGUUAGCGACCGAUCUACGCGAUCUUGAAGAGAUCCUAAACGACAGAAUCGCUGCUUUAUCGAGUAGCUGCGAUCAGCUUGGAGAUUCUGCGUCCAGCGCGGAAUUACUCCUGUUCGAGCUGAAAAAAUUACAAGCCGAAGCUAAGGAAUUUCAAGACAGAUCGAUCAAGAUAACGAAAUCAACCGAACGAUUAGUGUCAUCGGGACACUUUGCCGGAGAGCAAGCGACGGAGCAAGCGUACGCGAUCCUCGGCGCUGCUGCUGAUUAUGUCAACGAUUUGGAUCAGUACGAAUCGCUGUUGAACAGGGCCGUGGCCUUCUUCGAUUCGGCUCGAUCGGCACUUACCAAACUGGAUCAAUUGGAGAUACAGUUGGUGACAACUGAGCAUCCACAAUAUUCAACGAGAUUAGCUCGUUUCCAUGCUCAGACAGUAGCAACCAUCGAAGAUGUGACUGCGAAACCUUUGGCGGAAGGAUACGCCCUUCUGGAUGUCACAGGAAGAGGAGCGCCUGGUGCUGAGGGUGUCAAACGCACCGUGGAGGAACUGGAGAAUAGGAAGAUCCGUCUAAUGGAACGAUGCACAGCACACGAAAAAGAGAACCUCGAAAUAUCCCGAAUGAUUAACACCUUCCUGGAAAAACACGACGAAUUAAGGAAAUGGUUGAUGAGCAUACCGGAAGCGUUUCUUCAGGGUCAUCAGGAUAUGGGCAGCGACGUGCCGAUGGCUGAAGAUUUUUGUCGAUUGCAUCGUCAACUAUCGAACGAUCUCGAACGGAGAACCGACGAGGUUGAACAUCUUGAAUUCGAAAUUCUUCCAAUCAGAGAGAAACUGGAAGAAUCACAGAAAUUGGAAUUGAAAUCGAAGGUUGAGGAACUUCAACGUUCUUGGUCGAAGACCAAGGAACUUGUAGCUAAUAGAAUUGACUUAGGAUCCGUUUACUUACAAUUUCACAUGGUAGCUGAUGAAUUGACGAGAGAAGUUGAAUCGAUCGAAAGCGAAUUGAAGAGCAAUGCUGAUGUCUUGGAUGAAAGGAAAGUCGAAGAACUUGGUAGACGCUGGAAGGAUCUUCAACCGCUUUAUGUGAAGCUAACAGGAAGUGGAAAGGCAUUUUUGGACGCUGCUAUUAAGAUCGACGAUCCUUAUUUGGACGUGCCAAGGGCUUGCCUGUGUGUUCAAACGCUUUUAGAAAAAUUCGCCAACAGACAAUUGACUGUAACAGAAUCAUGGGAAAAAUGGCGAACCAGUAUCGAAAUUUUAAGGGAAAGACGCAUCGAGCAUGAACGAAAAAUCGAAGAAAGCACGAGGACGUUAGAAUGGGUGUCAAAAUUCAGCGAACAGUUGUAUCCGGUGAUAACAUCCCAGUCUGCUGAAACAACGAUGAUUCUUAAAGAUUUGGCAGGCUCGAAACAAAGAAUUCUUCCUGAAUUAAAUAAAGCUGUCAGCGAGUUGGAUUCCAGAAUCAAAGGAAUCAAUACAUUAGCUCAAAAGGGCGAAGUACACGUCGACGAGGAGAUCCUGAAGAGACUCCAUCAAAUGCACGAAGAUCUCCGUAAAACAGCCAGAGACUACGAGAUUCUCCUCGAAUCAUUAAUUUCCAUUUUCGAAAGCAUCGAAGAGGUUGAACAGAAAAUCGAGACAUUAAAGAUCCAAGUCGAACGAGUGACAUCCUUGAAGAAGAUCUUUGAAGUGGAAGCUGCUUUCAGUGAAAUCGAUGCUACUAAAUGGUCCAUCUCAGAUCGAUUGGGUCAUAUUAAAUUGAGAAUCGAAGAUGCAAUUGUUAGAAUCAAACAACAGGAACCACCAGAAGCUGGUGUUAAAGAUAUUGAAAAAUUGAGACGGGCUUUGGAUUCGUUGACAUCCGAUUUUGAAAUAUUCUGGUCGCAAACCACUACCAAAGUGGAGGAACAUCGACGAACUUGCACCUUUACCGAAGAUUUAGAGAGAAUUGAUGGGGAAUUAAAGAAUUUGAACGAGCAUUUGAAGAAUGUCGAUGCUAGAAUGGGAGAGAAUCUUCAGACAGCGAAGGCUACUUCCGCUUCCUUUGUGCAAUUUGAAAAAACUGUCACGAUACUGGAGCAGAGAAUCGAGAAGUUCGUGCAGACAACAGAAGAAUCAAUCAAGAUUCUAACACCUCAAAUAGUGGAUGACAUUUCUUUGUUGAAAGAAAGAUGGAGAAAUCUGAAGAAGAGAAUGGAAGAAACGAAGAAACGAAUGAACUUGUGUAUCGACUAUUUCGUGCUUUUGGAAGAAGCCAAAGAAUGGAACAGAGAGGGUAGUAAAUUGUUGGUUGUGAUAGCAAGGAAAGCUACCAUGGUGAAAGCGCCAAAAGAUGCGACGGAUUUGCUUCACGAGAUAGAAAAUUAUUUAAAACCAGGAGAAGAGGUGCAGGAGAGAAGAAUUGAAAAGUUGAAGGAAUUGUCCACCAUUGUUUUCGGUACAGAGAGAUUGCCACAAUUCAACGAGGUGAUAGUAGAAAAUCGUCAAAUGUUGGACUCUUUCACGGUCGUUUCAUCCGAGCUUCGUACGUUAGUUCAGAACUUGAAGAACGCCGAAGACUUGCAAGAGAAAUUGAGAAUCGAGAAACAGGAAGCCGACGAGAAAUUACAAGCAGCCAAAGUGGAGAUGGCUGCUGCAGCUGCAGCCAGAGAGGAAGCUGAAAAUGCGAGGAAGAUCGCUGAAAAAUUGGCAGCUGAAACUUUGGAAAAGGCUGCGACCGAAGUGAAAACGUUGAAGGAGGAAAGAGAGGCUCAAACUAUGUCUGCUCCUCCAUCCUUUUCUGUAUCUGCACAGACUGAGAAAAUUGAAAAAACUGAUGAGAGUUAUGUUCAGGAAACUGUUACUUCCGCUGUUACCACCAAAGAGAUACAUAUUUUGCAAAAGACGGAGAUCGAAAAAACCGUUCCAUUGAUUCAACGUGAGCCAAGUCCAGGAAAAAUAAUUGUCACUGAAGAGAUUCACGAAAAAUCUGAAAAGAUAGAAAAGGAUGAUGUACCACCAUUAGCCCCCGAAUUUACAAUUCCUUUGAACGAUGCAACUGUGCAAGAGGGUGAGAAAUUCUCCUUCCAAUGCAAUCUUGUUGGUCAUCCAUUGCCUGAGGUAGUUUGGUACAAGGAUGGAAUUUCGAUUUUGAAUAAUCCUGACUACCUGACCACUUAUGUUCGUGAUGUAUGUACUUUGACCAUCGAGGAGACUUUUGCUGAAGAUUCUGCCAAGUACACUUGCCGAGCUUUUAAUAUCGCUGGUUCGGCUGAGACAUCGGCAACAUUGACCGUGAAAGAAACAGCACCAGAAGAACAACCAAGUCCUCCGGUUUUCGUGAAAGAAUUAGUACCCUCGACAGCAAUCGAAGGCUCUUCUCAUCAAAUGGAUUGCGUUGUCGAAGGAAAUCCUUUGCCAACAGUUCAAUGGUUCAAAAACGAUGUUAACAUUGAUAAUUCACCAGACUACGUAAUUACAUAUAAUAAUGGUGAAGCUGUUUUAAAAUUCGAAGAAGUGCUCCCAGAAGAUAAAGCGAUUUACAUGUGUAAGGCGACUAAUCGACUGGGUCAAGCUUCGACUUCCGCUUCUCUCAAUGUCCAACGUACAGAGUGUACCACAGAAAAACCACAAUUUGUUACACCCCUAUCAAAUGCCAUGGGUAGAGCAGGCCAAAGGGUGAAACUUGAAUGCGAAGCAAGGGGAAAGCCCAUGCCCACCUUGACUUGGUACCACGAUGGAAGAUCAGUCGAAGAAACCAUGAACUUGAAGAUACAGACUGACGGUGGAAGGAGCAGUUUGAUCAUCUCGGAAGCUUUCGCGAAGGAUGCCGGAUGUUACAUGGUCGUCGCCAAGAACGACGCUGGCGAGGCCACGGUGUCCUGUAACGUGUCGGUGAAAGGACGACUUCCUCACGAAACUAGCGAUUCGGAAUUUGCUUGUAGCGACAUGGAGCCUGUGGUUCCAAAGAUUCAAAUGCCUUUGAAGGAUCUGAGAGUGCAAGAAGGUCGAUCCGUCAGAUUGGAUUGCGUGAUUGUUGGACAACCUGAACCGGAGGUGAUAUGGUAUCACGAUGAUCAGCCAGUGAAAGAAUCAGCCGAUUUCCAGUUAUUAUUCCAGGGUGACAAGUGUACCUUGCUCAUCCACGAGGCUUUCUUGGACGAUGCCGGUUUAUACAAAGUAGUCGCCAUUAAUUCAGGCGGUGAAGCUUCUAGUCAGUGCACGUUAACUGUAACGCCGGUCUCUGUUACCCAUGAAUUAGAAAAAACUCGAACGGAAGUCGAGGAGACGGUGACCGCAGGUUCACCCCCGAAAUUUGUGAAACUUCCAACAGAUUCGUUGAUAGCCGAAGGAGAAAAUGCCAUUUUUGAGUGUGCAGUGGUUGGCGAACCGAAACCGGAACUGAAGUGGUUUUCUGACAGUGGAGAAAUCAGUGAAAGCGAACGAAUUCGGAUCCAACGGAAGGAGGAUGGAACGAGUAUCCUGAGGAUCUUAUCAGCGAUCCCCGAGGACAAAGGAAAUUAUGUGGUGAAAGCUUUCAAUGCACACGGGGAAGCUAAGGCUUUCGCUAGAUUGGUCGUGAGAUCGUUGGGUGACUUUCGAAGGAAAGAAGAAUUCGUGCAGAUGGAGGAGAAGUUAAUUGCUCCGACGUUUAAGGAGAGAUUUGAGGACAGAAAAGUACCAGAUGGGGUUUCUACAAAGUUCGAGUGCAUCGUGGUUGGAAAACCAUCACCAAAAAUUCAAUGGCUGUUUAACGAUCGUCCUGUUCAUGGCAAGGAUUUCUUGGUAUCGGUCAGCGGAGAUCGGCAGGUACUGACGAUUCCAGAGACCGGAAGCACGCAUGUCGGUACGAUUUCCUGCGUGGCGGAGAACGCUGCUGGCAAAGCGACUUGCACCGCUCGGCUAGAAAUCGGAGGCUCGGAGGUGCAGAGGGAUAAAAAGGAGGUAGUAGAAGAGAAGGUUUACGAAUUGGUAGAAAGAAUACCCGGCGACGAGAUGCAUGCAUCGAGCAGCAGCGAUAAACACUUCUCUGCGGAGAAGUCCGAAAUUGGAGGUGAGAACAAAGUGCUGACGAAGAUGUCGGAGACCAUCACGGAAUCCUCGACCACUCAUAAGACCUUGAAGAAGGAGUAUAUCUCGUCGUCGAUGUCUUCGAGUACGGGGGCGCCUGGUCAAGAACCAACUAGCGUUUGCGUGAAGAGUACUGUUCAUAGUACGGAACAAUCAUCUUCGGCGGAUGGAGCACCUCCUGUCGUACAGUCGUACAAAGUGGAAGAACACGAGAAGAUAAUACAGGAUCAGCCAGGUGAAAUUCGUCAGGAGAGAACAGUGGUAGUGUCCCAAGAUGAGGAAGGAAUCAAGCGUGAUAUCAAAGCGACACAAAUACCAAAGCCAGUCAGAAAAUCCACUGCUCCAAGAUUCGUAUCACCGGUCACAGGAAUGAUCGUGGAUCAGGGUAGUGACAUCGUUCUCGAAGGAAUCAUCGAUGGUUUCCCUCAGCCUGUAGUGAUCUGGUCAAAGAAUGGACAAGAAUUGAAAACGAAGGAUAGUAUGACGAUCACUUACUCGCACAAUCAUGUUCGUUUAGAGCUGAAAAAUGUGAACGUUAAAGAUGCAGGAAGGUAUACUUGCACUGCGAGCAAUGAAGUUGGUUCUGCGAGUAGUACUGCGGAUCUCGUUGUUAAAAAAACGAUAUUCCCACCGGUGUUUGGUAGAAGACUGCAAGCUCAACUGGUGAAACGAGGAGAUCGCGUUAACAUGGAAGUGGAGAUCACUGGAACCCCGGAGCCCACAGUUUCCUGGUUCAAGGAUGACAUCCCCAUCAAAGAACGUCCACCCGAGCUACGAAUCAAGCAGCAAGGAAAUUGUUACAUGCUGAUUAUGGAGAAAGCUGCGAAAGAACACGCUGGAAAAUACAUGGUUCGUGCGACAAAUGCCGGCGGUGAAGCACAAAGCAUAGCUGAUUUCGCUGUUUUUGAACCAACGCCAGACACGAUGGUUGAAGUUCACAAAACUGUCAUCUACGAUGUGCAGGACAAAAAACUGAUGCAGUCCGACGAAAAGAAGGCGGAAGUUCCUUCCAGCAAGCAUCUGACGAGCGAACAGGUAUCAACAACCAAGAUCCAACCAGCUGCAACAAUAAAAACAACACCGACCGCGAUGUCCACUUCGAUGGCUCAAACGAGCCGCACUGUAGAAAAAAUCAAAGAACCGGAUACUGAGUUAUGUCGAUCUGAGAAGAUAUCGUCUACAGUGGAAUCCCAUCAAAUGGAAAGAAAAUCAGAGCAAAAGUACCAUAUGAAAUUGGAACACAAGAUGCCGAGCAUAGUCGAACCGAAAACCGAAGGAAAGACGGUGAUAAAGGAAGUGAUUCGCGAAGAGGUGAGAAGCAGCGAGCCAAAAAGCACAUUGAUCGAAGAGAAGAUUGAAAAUGAAAAUAUAGAGACAUCGAGAAUAGCGAAGAAGGAUGCGUUGAGUUUCUUCGAGUCGAUGACUAGAGAAACAGAAACAAUUCCGAAAGGACCUAAAGAGAUGAUCAAAUUAGUGGACGAUGCUGAUGGACACGAAGUGAAGGUUGGAAAAUUGACGAAGAAUUACGAGAAAUCCACCAGCUUCCAGGAGGUGAAGAAACCAGAAGUCAAGCCUCCGGAAUUGCUGACCACGAAGAAGGCUGUUCAUGAGAUCUUCACGAAAUUGGAACAAGGGAGUAUACCUUCUCGUGGUAUUGACAACAAGCUCUUCGACUUCCCGUACGAACCUUAUAAACCAACCAUGGAAACGAAAAAGACGGUCGUAGAAGAAACGAUCAGUUCAGGCUCGUCGUCCCUUCAAAGUUCCAUGACCAUGUCGAAGAUGGAGAGCAAGAGGGAGAGUAAGAUGGAGAGUAAGAGCUCUGAGCUACUGUCGGAAGGUUUCAAUUUAGUACCAGAACCUCCGCCGGAAAUCGGUUACAUGCCAAAGCCAGAGGAGGUGAAAAAAAAACGCCCUGAAGUGUCCAUCAAGGCUAAACAGCUCCAAGAGUCCUUCGACAAAACCCUGUCCCCUAUCGACGCUCCAAUUGGAGGCGUCAAGAUUUUCCCAUCACCUUCUCCAAAAAUCCUUGAAACUCCCAAGGUUGCACCUCCAUCGUUCUCCAUGCCACCUCCACCGUUUCAACUCGAGAAGAAAGAGAUAGUCGAAGAGGUGUGCAUCAAGAAGGACGUCCAUGAGAAAAGGGACCCUCAGCCGUUAGUGAGACCAAUCUCUCCCAGCAGACCUUGGUCUUCUUCUUCGGACGUGGAGACCAGGUCACAAAUGUCCACCGAUUUGUCAGAAUACAGGUGUCAUUCUGCAGCUUCUAGUCAUCAAGAGAUCUUGAGGUCCAGUUCGCCUAGACCUUCCGCCGAUGGUUUGGCGAUGGAAAAAUCUUGGGCCAAGAAGUGUGCUGAUUCUACCAGAAAAUCAUGGCCUCCUCAGGAAGACACUCCUAUCAAGUACAAACAAGAGUGGCAGAUGCCUGGAGAGGAUUACAAGACUUCUUCGAAGGAAUUUAAGAGAGAAGUUGAAGAAACGCCUGAAGGGGGGAUCAAGAAGACCAGUAUGGAGUCUUCCAGUACGACGGAGAGACGAUCCUGGAGCAGCAAACAGGAAACCAUGGACAAGAUGUCCAAAAGAGCUCCAUCGCCUCCAAAAAUACAGCCCAUUAUCUACAAUGCAGAAACCAUCAAGGUAGACCACACUGUGAACAAGAUCGAAGAGAAAUCUCUGUACGAGAAGUACAUCAGCGAGUGUGACGUGAAGAAAUCCCAGAAGUCUGAGAAACUAGAGGAGUACAGUUCAAAGAAGUGGACAGGUGCCGAGGAUUUGAAAGCACCUGGACUGGUUAGAAGCCUGGAGACACCAAAGAAACCAACGCCUCCGUUGUACCGCCCUGUUGAACCGAUACCGACCGACCAGAUCAUCCUGGAACCAGGCCCACCGCCCGAAAUAGGCUACAUCCCAGCUCCAGUGGUCAGAGAGAAGAAGAUAGAACAAAUAGAGAAAACCUUGGAGGUGUCACUGGAACACAAGCCGGCUAAAAUUCCUCCAGGAGGCAUCAGAACCAUUCCUCCAGCACCCAAGAAAGAAGAACCCCCUGCAUUGCCACCAAAGGACGUUCGAAUUACUCCACCACCAUUGCCUGCCAAACAGCCAACCCCCGUAGAACCUUUGGAACCCUUUCCAUUUAAACCAUCUCCGUCACCCACCAUCAAGACACCCAAGGUAGCUGUUCCCGCUCCAACUCCAUCAAAAUUCGUUAAGGGUUCCUUCGGUGUGGAAAGCGACUACGAGUCGGACAUGGACAGCCAUAUGAAAGCAAAAUGGCGACCAUACGAAAGCGACAACGAAGAGCCUCGUUAUCGAAGAGUGCAGCCGCCAGUGCCGAAACAACCGAGACCAAGGUCCACCGAGCCUGAACCACUCCCUCCAUCCAAGUUCGAGGUUCCUUCAGAAUCCACGGGUCUUCCUAGACCCGUGCUGACUAAGGAGCAGCAGGAGAAGAUGUAUAAGAAAACUACAACGUUUAAAAGGCAGGAGAAAGAAACGAAACAACAGAAGUAUCAGGUGGUUCAACCACCACCGGUGGAAUUAAAGCCUGGUUCACCUCCCAUUUACGUUCAACCAGCCACCAAGAGUCCCACGCCUAAGAGUCCACCGGCUAAGAAACCAGAAUCUCCGAAGUUCAAAGUGAAGACCUUCCAACAGGAAAGUGGUUACAUGGCAGACACCGACGAACCAUUGCAGCAGAAGUCAUCGGUUGCUUCUUUGUCGAAGAGCUUCGGUAAACAGGAGUCUUCGUCGUCUAUGUCGUCGCACAUGGAGUCGCGGACUUCCUACUCGGAAAGUCGGUCGGAAUACUUUGAGAGUAAGAGUUACGACAGCCGUCAGCAGCAACAGAAAAAGGAAUCGUUCGCUCCGUCUGCGCCAUCGAGCGUUAAACAACCCCCUCAGCAACGUAGCUCUUUCGUCGAGAAGAGCUAUGGUUCCUCUGCGGUUACCUCAUCGCCGAGAUUCAUGUCCGCCAAGGAAACUCUUUAUACCACGGAUCAAUCGCACAAAAAAUUCGAAGCACCGAAGAAAAUCCUGCCGCCAUCUCCGAGUCCUUCGAGAUUCGUGAAGAGCGAAUUUCGUGAAAGCGACUACGAGAGCGACUACGACGGUAGAAUACCACCCCUUUGGAAACCGCGAGGCUACGAAAGCGACGAUCAGUCUUUCAGAACCGUGAAACCGAAUCUCGCUGGUCCAGGAAAGCCGAAGGUGCAACGCGAGGACACUUCGAGGCUGAUCGAAGAAGCUUCGACGCGAGCGCAGAAAGCGAAGACGUUCGAGAAGAGGGAGGAGAGGGUGGCGACCAAACCGAAGACAGUUCUUCUUCCUGGUUCGCCACCGGAAAUCGCGUAUGCGCCUCCUCAACCUCAGCCGACUUACUACGAGGCUAGAUCGGGUAUUCCUUUCCACAACGCGAUCGGCACGGAGACCAAGAAGACGGUGAGGAUGGACGAAUCGACGGAGAACAGCAGAAGGAUCGUUACUGUCGAGCAAACGAGUCGAGUGAUCAAAUUCGGUGAUAAUCAGAAAUCGGCCACCGAUUUCGACAGCUUCGAUUCGUCCUCUGCUCAGAAGCAGAAGACGCAUUACAAGGUACCAACCCCUAAGAAGUUCGUCCAAGGUCAGUUCAGAGAGUCCGAUUACGAGAGCGAUAUCGAUACGAGGAUCAAGCCUAAAUGGGUACCUCCGGAGAGCGACAGCGAGGAACCUAGGUACAGGAAGGUUCAACCGCCUACCACGAAGACAACGCGAUCGUCGAGCGCUCCUGUCAGACAGGAACACGUGGUAUCACCGAUGGAAUUCGACACAGGACCAACGGUGCUGAGGAAGCAGACUUCCAUGAGCCAGCUGAGGGACGAAAGAAAGUUCGAUGGACAGGUGAAAAGGCAGGCGUCUUCGAGGCAGGAAGAGACCCUGAAGCCAGGUUCGCCGCCUGAGUUUGGAUACAUCUCGAGGAGCGACGUGAAGAAGGCUGCCAAUCACGUCGCGUCGCGUCACAUGAGCGACAUGACCAGCAGCUUCAAGUCGAAAACCGAAAAGUUCGUGACCGAUAUCCAGUCGGACUUGAAGCAGGGCAAACCGAUCCUGAAGCAACCGGUCGACGGUAGAGCCAGCGAUGCUGACGAGCCGAGAACUUACAGAGAAGAAUCGCGACUCUCGGAACAUGGAACGAAGCAAAUUGAUCCAGACACCGGACUGAUAUACUUCAAGUACGACUUCGGCUACGAGUUCGGCAUCGUGUUGCCCGGCGAAGGGAAGAAAACGGUGAGCAGUACGAGCAGAAGCGUCCAGGGUCAGAGACGAGCCAGCGACAUCGAGGUACCGAUCGUCCAUGAAUUCACGACGAGAAAAGAGAACGGUUUCGCGAAGAGGAGCGCUUCUUCGAGUUCGACCGCUCGACAGGGCAAACCUGCUGGAAAAUUUUCUGGUUCGAAAACGGUGAAAUGGGAGCCAACGUCCGAAAGCGAAUAUUCCGAAUCAGAGGACAUCAGGAACGCGAGAAAAAGGCACUCGGAGGGAGGGAACACGAUGACAGCACCCAGUCUCGUUAUACCUUGUUCACCAUCGCCAUCCAGAUGGGAUCACACGACGCCCAGUCCACUUUCCUUGAGCCCAAGCUUACCAAGUCUCUCUCCCAGAUACAGUAGUGCCACUGGACCACCCAGCAACGUCGAUUCCGCAGGAUCACCGUGGCCAACCACCAACGGGGUUGCCUCGAGCAAAGAAGUGAUUCAGCCUUACUUAGAAAUACUACCGAAAAAGGCUCCUCUUUUCAUCACGCCUCUGAGAGACAUCGCGGUCGUAAGCGGACAAACGGCAAGAUUCGAGUGCAUCGUUCAAGCUGAACCUCAGCCUAAUAUCCUUUGGUCCAAGGACGGCAGGAUAAUUGAAAAUUCAACGAGCUACGAAAUUCAUUACCGAAACGGAGUUUGUCGUCUCACCAUUGUGCGAGCCUUUCCUGAGGACGCUGGCACAUACGCGUGCACCGCAACGAAUAGCUUAGGUUCGACGGUAACUUCUGCCACCUUGCUGGUGCCAGGUGUACCAUCGCCAUUUUAUGGUACUUAUCGUGACCAAAACUUGAGCGAAAGAUCAGCAGAAAGUCCUCCAAAAUACGUUGCUCUGAGGGACCUAUUUCUACCUCAGGAAAGCGACGUGAAAACAGCUUCAUCGAAUCGUCAACAGCAACAUAAUUCAUCGACGUUCGAAUAUGCUUGGUCUGUGAAUCGCAGUUACGCAGGUGGCAGAUAUCGCGAGAAAGAAAAUGCGACAGAAGAAUGCGUCGAGAUAACGAGUCGAAAUCCGAUAGCACGACGACUCGAGUAUUCCGAUUUCCAGGCGAACGAUUCGUUUCGCGAUGUCGCUGAUUUUUGCUUCGACCGCGAAUAUUCCACCUGCAAUCCGUCCAUAGCGAGCCCACGGAACACCGUUCAAGGAGAGAUUGUGAUGCAGACGACGCCCACGGUACCAGCUUUUACCGGCAGACCCGGUGAUCCAUCGCCGCCGGUCUUCGAGCAGAUUUUCAAGAACGCCAGAUUCGCGCAGGGUGGGAACGCAAUUUUCGAGGGUCGCGUCAGAGGCAACCCGAAACCCACCGUCGCAUGGACGCACAAGGGUGCACCGUUGUUGGAAUCAUGGAAAAUUCGAAUGUCGUACGACGAUAAAACCGGAGCAGUCACGCUUCAAAUCAAUCAAAUCGGCCCUGGUGACGAGGGCGAAUACACGUGCAGUGCUAAAAAUCAAUAUGGAGAAGCGAUCUGUUCCGUCUACAUUCAGCCAGAGGGAUUCGGACCUCCACCUCAGCAGCAGAUCGGUGGCUACCGGAAGGAGUACGCGCAAACCUUCCAGUCCACCGAGCAAAAGAGUCAAACCGGAAGUCAAAGCUUCCAGCAGCGCAGCUAUCAGCAAACGAUCGACAAACGAAGCUAUGUUAACGGUACCAGUACCAGCAUCGAAGACUUCAAGGUGGACACGUUCGAAUACAGACUCCUGCGUGAAACCGAAUUUCGAGAAUCCAUUACACGCCGUUUCGUGGGCGAAUCGGACGUACAGAUUUCGACGGUCGUAGACCGAAGCCUAGGACCGGUUGCACCUCCGCAAAUCUCCCAAAAGCCGAGAAAUUCGAAGCUGAUCGAAGGAUCCGACGCUGUUUUCACUGCGAAGAUAUCUGGAAAUCCGAAACCAAGAUUAACAUGGUUUAAAAACGGCCAAAGGAUCCGUGAAUCUCAACGCGUGGAGAUGAGCCACUCGAACCAACAGGCCACUUUGAGGAUCAGAGUCGCGCUGCCGGAAGACAGCGGCCAUUACACCUUGCUCUCGGAAAACCCUCAAGGUUGCACCGUUAGUUCUGCAUAUCUGGCGAUCGAAUCGAGCGAUCAAGUGGAUCAAGCUUAUCAGACACCGAGAGAGAGCGUGAAAACACCGCAAGUAGAAUCGACCGGCGAAUCAGACUCUGGCAAGGUUCUACCGCCGAAUUUUGUUCGCACCUGCACCGAUCGUGAUGCUACCGAAGGGAAAAUGACUAGGUUUGAUUGUCGCGUAACCGGCCGUCCGUAUCCGGAAGUAACUUGGUACAUAAACGGGCAACAAGUGGCCAACGAUCUGACCCAUAAGAUCCUCGUCAACGAAUCCGGAAACAAUUCUCUGAUGAUUACGAACGUGAGCCGCGCGGACGCCGGCGUCGUAACCUGCGUCGCGAGGAACAAAGCCGGUGAAACGUCGUUCCAAUGCAAUCUGAACGUCAUCGAGAAGGAACAAGUUGUUGCGCCAAAAUUCGUCGAACGAUUCACAACGACGAACGUGAAAGAAGGAGAACCUGUUGUGUUCAUGGCACGCGCUGUUGGAACUCCUGUACCUAGAAUCACCUGGCAGAAGGAUGGAGUGCCGAUAACACCUGGACCGGAUGUGCGCAUAUCAACGGACGGUAGCGGAGCUUCAACUUUGGAUAUACCCUGCGCAAAAUUAUCAGACGCAGCUUGGUACCAAUGUACAGCACAGAAUGUAGCCGGCUCGACAGCUACGCGAGCUAGGCUUUUCGUGGAGACACCGAAAGGAGCAGCCCCCGAACCAAGACGCCUGAAUUUACCCCGACCGACGAAAGUCAUCGAACCAGAACCUGCGCCUGGCCCCGAAGUGAUCUAUUUGAGACACGUGGAACGCGCCAAACCAUAUUUGCCUCCACCAGAAGAGGACAGAGUUUAUCCACCACCGCGUUUCAUCAUACCAUUAAGGGACGUCCAUCAGAUCGAGGGUGGACGAAUUCACUUCGAGGCCAGAAUCGAACCGGUGGGCGAUCCCACCAUGAGGGUAGAGUGGUACGUUAAUGGAAGAGCUCUCGACGCGAGCUCCCGUGCGACUUCCAUUUUCCGAUUUGGCUUCAUCUCUCUCGACCUAAUCAGCAUAAUUCUUCAAGACAGCGGCGAAUACGUAUGCCGCGUCGUAAGUUCGACCGGAGUCGCUGAAUCUCGAGCUACCCUCAGCGUGACACCACGCGCAACAAUCGAACAGGCUAGCCAACACCCCGACAGCCUCCAGUACAUUCAACAGCUCGAGGAUUACAGCAAGUACCAAAGGCAGGAGAGUGUGGAGGAGAUCUCUUCACAGCGGCCGGCCUUCAUCCGACCACUCCAGGAUCUAGGAGAAUUACAGGAAGGACGAAACGCCCAUUUCGAGGCGCAACUCACUCCUGUAAGUGAUCCGACGAUGAAAGUGGAGUGGUACAAGGAUGGUAGGCCAAUCACAGCUAGCUCAAGAAUCACAACCAUCUUCAACUUCGGAUACGUCUCGCUCAAUAUAUUGCACCUACGAGCUGAAGAUGCCGGUUCUUAUACUGUCAGAGCUGUGAACCGCUUGGGAGAGGCCGUCAGCUCCGCAUCUCUCCGUGUCUAUGCACGCACAAGCGUUACUACCGACUUGGGAAUCCCCGAGCAACAGAGGUACAUCGAGGCUGCCGAGGAAUUGGAAGCAUAUCAGCAGGCUAUGCACCAGAAAUACGUGCAGGAACAGCCUGAACCGACCAGCCCGCCGGAAUUCAAAUCUCCUAUUAAGGAUCAGAACAGCAUACGAGAAGGCGGUUUUGCUCAUUUCGAAGCCCGCCUAGAACCAGUCGGCGAUUCUGAUCUGAGAGUUGAAUGGCUUAAGGAUGGACGCCCUGUAGAAGCUAGUUCACGUAUCACGACAUUCUUCAACUUCGGUUACGUGGCACUGACCAUCAAAUACGUAACCAUCCACGACGUCGGAAUAUACACCUGUCGAGCUUACAACCGCGCAGGUGAAGCUCACACGACAGCUCAAUUAAGCGUGAUUAGCAAGAACGACGUAAUCUACGACAGUCAACAUCCAACUGGAUUACAAAAGAUCCAAACUUUGGAAGAUUCCAGCAGAUACUCGCGACAGGUUCAAGAGGAGACACAAGUUACUCAAGCUCCAAGAUUCUUGGGCACCCUGAAAGGAACAAAUAAAAUCGUCGAAGGUCAACGUGCCCAUUUCGAGGCUCGUGUCGAACCUCAGAGCGAUCUGACCAUGACUAUCGAAUGGUAUCACAAUGGGAAAGCCAUCACUGCUGCGAACAGGAUUCAAACUUAUCAUGAUUUUGGAUACGUGGCUAUUGAUAUUCUUCAAGUCAGACCCGAAGAUGCUGGUACUUACACUGUGGUCGCUAGAAACGCCCUUGGAGAGGCUCGAUUGUCUGCUACUAUGGUUGUAGAAACACGUUCGAGCGUGGAUACCAGCAGCAUGCAUCGAACAUCGUACGAGAAGACCCAGCGUCUCGAGGAAUCAAAGUUCGUCGAACCUCAAUAUCAUAUCGAAGAAAUAUCGAAAUCAAAGCCUAUCUUCGUUCAACCCUUAAGCGACCCUAAACCUGUGAGCGAGGGUAAAAAUAUCCAUCUCGAGUGCCGUUUGGAACCAAUGGGAGAUCCAACGAUGAGAGUCGAAUGGUUCCAAAACGGUCGUCCCGUUACCGUUGGCUCCAGAUUCAGAACCUACUAUGAUUUCGGUUUCGUCGCUUUGGAUAUCGUACAUUCAACUAUCCUCGAUUCCGGAGAAUACACUGUCAGAGCUACUAAUCAUCUUGGCACUGCUCAUACUUCGGCAUGCGUUCGAGUCAUUGGAAAAUCUGAUAUCGUUACUGAAACUCAGCACGAGCAGUCGCUCGAACAGAUUCAGAUGCUCGAAGAUGCAGCCAGAUACCGGAAAACUCAACAAGAAGAGGUGACGGUAAUGCAAGCACCCCAGUUCACGCGACCAUUGCACAACAUAGAAACAGUAGAACUGACGAAUGUCCAUCUGGAAUGUCGUCUCCAACCAGUAGGCGAUGCUACGAUGAAAGUCGAGUGGUUCGUGAACGGUAGACCAGUGAAAACCGGGCACAGAUUCAGACCAUCCUACGAAUUCGACUACGUGGCUCUAGACAUACUUGGUGUUUACCCUGAAGACUCAGGGGUGUACACUUGCCAAGCUAGAAAUCAACUUGGCGAAGCGGUCACUUCGUGUUCGGUUAGAGUACACGCGAAGAAAGAUUUGUUAUUGGAGUCUCAGCAUCCUGAAGGAUUAGAGAGGAUUCAAUACCUGGAAGAUGCUUCCAGGUACAAGAGACACGAACUAGUUGACGAAGUGGUGAAAGUUAAGCCAAGAUUUGUCACUGCUCCGAAGAAUCAGGAAAAUCUUCACGAAGGACAACAUGCUCAUUUUGAGUGUAAAUUGGAACCAGUGACGGAUUCGAAUUUGAAAGUCGAGUGGUACAAAAAUGGUCGUCCGGUUACAAUAGGACACCGAUUCCGUCCGAUACACGAUUUCGGCUACGUUGCUCUGGACGUAAUCGACUUGAUUGCCGAAGACUCUGGCACCUACACUUGCCGUGCUGUCAACCUUGUUGGCAGUGACGAAGUGUCGUGCAGUCUCAGCUGUCGAUCCACUGCUCAGGUUUUAACGGACACGAAGAACGAGCAGGGUCUCGAACAGAUUCAUUACUUGGAGGACAGAAGCAAAUAUCAAAGAAGGGAAGAUGUCGAAGAGACAACCACUCAAGCGCCGAUAUUUACUACUUCCCUCAACAAUGUGGAGAUCAAGGAAGGUCAGAGAGCUCAUUUCGAGUGCAGACUGAUUCCAGUGUCCGAUGCAACGAUGAAAGUGGAAUGGUUCCAUAAUAACAAGCCAGUUAAAGCUGGAUCCAGAUUCAUUGAAACAAACAGUUUUGGCUUCGUGGCUCUGGACAUUAUGUACGCCUACCCUGAAGACUCAGGAACGUACACUUGUCGAGCUAAGAAUAUCAUUGGAGAGGCGAUUACUUCAGCUACCGCUAACGUUCACUCGAAAAAGUCGAUCUAUACAGAAACUCAGAACGAAGAGACUCUCCAACGACUUCACCAUCUGGAGGAUACUUCCCGAUACCAACGUAAAACCACAACAGAGGAGAUCGUUACUCAAGCUCCAGUUUUCACGAUGCCUAUUAAAGAUCUGAAAGUUGCUGAAAAUCAAGCAGCUCAUUUCGAGGCUCGUGUGAUUCCUGUUGGCGAUUCAAAAUUGAAAGUCGAAUGGUUGCGAAAUGGAGUUCCAAUCGCAGCUUCAAAUCGCGUGACAACGAUGCAUGAUUUCGGAUAUGUCGCUCUGAACAUGAAAUACGUGAACCCUGAAGACUCAGGUACCUACACUUGUCGUGCAGUGAACGAUCUUGGAGAAGCAGUAACGUCAGCAACGCUGUUCGUCCAGUCCAAGGCGGCCCUGCAAUUCGAGUCGCAGCACGAGAGCGCUCUAUCGAAACUGCAAGCUCUGGAGGACACGAGCAGAUAUCAACGUCACGAGGAAGAAGAGAUCGUGGUGAAGGAAAAACCAUCGUUCACAGUCCAACUGAACGGACCCACAAACCUGGUCGAAGGCCAAAGCGCACACUAUGAGUGCCGCAUCGAGCCUUAUCCAGACCCGAACAUGAAAGUGGAAUGGUUCCAUAAUGGCAAACCAUUGUCCACUGGUCACAGGUAUAGAACUACCUGUGAUUUUGGAUUUGCUUCGUUGGAUGUCCUCACGGUUUAUGCUGAAGACUCUGGUACAUACACUUGCAAGGCCACCAAUAAACUGGGAUCGGCGCAGAGUUCGAUCAAACUUGACGUGAAAUCUCGCGCCUCAAUUAUUCGUGAAACACAACACGAGAGUGCUUUGAAGAAGAUCCAAUAUCUCGAAGACGAUUCACGUUACAAACGUGUGGAUCAAGAAGAUCUGAUCAUCGCUGAGAAACCGAAAUUCGGUCGUCCAUUGAAAAAUAUCGAACAUUUGCCAGAAGGCAAGAGUGCUCAUCUCGAGGCGACUUUAACGCCUGUCAAUGAUCCCACUAUGGUGGUUGAAUGGUUCAGAGAUGGUAGACCUAUUCCUCAAGGACACAAAUUUAAGACCACUUAUGAUUUUGGAUACGUUGCUCUGGAUAUUCUCUAUGCUUACCCAGAAGACUCUGGAACUUACAUGUGCAAAGCGAGGAACGCUGUUGGCGAGGCUGUCACUACUUGUGUCAUCAGCGUUGACUCGAAACAAGGCCUGUUUCUGGACACCUUGGAUGCUCAACGAUUGCAGAAGAUUCGCGAAUUAGAGACUGUAGAGGUGAAACAAGAGGUUGAAAAAGAGGUUGUACACCAGAAGCCCGUGUUCCUGACACCGCUGAACAACCUGGAUCACCUAAAGGAAGGUGAACAUGCUCAUUUAGAGUGCCGUGUCGAACCUAUCAACGAUCCAAAUCUGAAGAUAGAAUGGUUCGUCAACGGAGUCGCUGUAAAAACAGGACAUCGUUUUCGUAAAACACACGAUUUCGGCUAUGUGGCCCUUGAUAUUCUUUACACAUACCCUGAAGACUCUGGCACUUACAUGUGCAAGGCUACAAACUUGGCUGGCGAGGCUGUCAACACGUGUACCAUCAAGGUUGGCUCUCGUCGCAGUAUUCUGUUAGAUACCCAACAUCCUGAUGGCCUUGAAAAGAUCCGUGAACUCGAGGCUCAAGGGCACCCAGCUCGCUUAGAAGUUGAAGAACCACCAGUGACACCACCGAGAUUCGUCACUGAACUCAGGGGUACCACUGAGGUAUACGAAGGACAAACUGCCCACUUCGAGUGUCAGAUUGAGCCUCUUCACGAUGCCAACUUAAGAAUCGAAUUCUUCCAUAAUGGCAAACCAUUACCAUCAGCUUCAAGGUUCCACGUGACAUUCGAUUUCGGCUACGUGGCUUUGGAUAUCGGCCACACAGUUCCUGAAGAUGCUGGAGAAUAUUCUGUCCGUGCCAUCAACGCUCUUGGACAAUGUGUCUCCUCCAUCGAGCUGAGAGUUAUCCCCAGAGACAACAUUAUUCUGGAUUCUCAACGUCCUGAAGGAUUGGAUAAAAUCCGAGAAUUGGAGGCACAACAACCCUGGAAGAGACCUGAUAUUCCGGAACCUCAGACGAGACAAAGACCUGUAUUUACUCAACCAUUGCAAAAUAUCGAUGCCAUUCCUGAAGGACAAACUGCUCACUUCGAGUGCAGGUUGAUACCUGUGGGAGAUCCUACUUUGAAAGUCGAGUGGUUCAGAAAUGAAAUUCCACUUGAGACAAGUUCACGAAUCACUAAAGUCCACGAUUUUGGAUACGUAUCCCUGGAUAUCAACCAUGUGCGUGAAGAAGACGAAGGUGUUUACAUGUGCCGUGCUUCCAAUCCACUCGGUGAAGCUGUCACCACUGCUUCCAUGAAAAUCAAGAGCAAAGCAAGUAUACAGUUAGAUACGCAGCACCCUGAAGCGCAACGUAAGAUCGCCCAAUUAGAAGCUGACAAACCUAGUCGACCCGAAGAGCCAGAGAAGGUAUUCGACAAACCCAUCUUCACACAAUUAUUGACUGGACCCACAGAACUCUGGGAAGGUCAAAUGGCCAGAUACGAGUGCAGAGUAGUUCCGGUUGGUGAUGCAAGUUUGAGAUUCGAAUGGUACAUCAAUGGUGUUGAAUUAAAAAUGGGAUCUCGUUUCCACGUGAGUCACGACUUUGGUUACGUGACCCUGGACAUUCUGAAAGUGAUAACCGAAGAUUCCGGUGUGUACACCUGCAAAGCAAUUAACAAAGCCGGUGAAGCGGUUUCCUCAAUUUCCCUCAAGGUGAAAGCUCGCUCGGCAAUCGAUGCCGACAGUAUCCAACCCGAUGCCUGGCAGAAGAUUCAGCUCAAAGAAGCCGAAAUGAACAAAGUACCAGAAAUGUUCGUUGAUACAACACCUCAGCAAGCUCCGGUAUUCACGAAACACCUUGAAAGCUACGACAAACUCGUGGAAGGUCAACAUGUCUAUUUAGAAGCUCAAGUAGAACCAAGAGCUGAUCCAAAUCUCCGCGUAGAAUGGUUCAAGAACGGUAUAUCUCUUCAAACUGGAACGAGACUUCGCAGCACCUUCGACUUUGGUCUGGUGACCUUGUCCAUCAAUGGGUUAAGACCAGACGAUUCAGCCAUUUAUACUUGCAAAGCUACCAAUCUGCUUGGCGAAGCUGUGUCCACCUGCAGCUUGAAGAUCGUCGAUCGUCAUUGGCUUCUGGGUGACACUCUUCAUCCCGAUGCUCUUCCUAAGAUCGACGCGCUGGAACAACCUCACGUUACAUCGGCAGAGCAACCAGAGCCUAUCUACGAAGAACCAGUUUUCAUCACCCAUUUGAACAACGUGGAAUGCGUGGAAGGUGAUAACGUGCACUUCGAGUGCAACGUGGAACCCUCGAAAGACCCGACCAUGAAGAUCGAGUGGUUCAUCAAUGGAAAACCCUUGCCUACCGGAGCUAGAUUCAAAUCCACCUACGACUUUGGCUACGUUGCCUUGGACAUCACUCAUGCUUACGAAGAAGACUCUGGAGUGGUGAUCGUUAAAGCUACUAACUCUAAAGGAUCAGCACAGACGUCUGGUACCUUGAAGUGUACCAGUAAACAGAGCAUCUACCUGCAGACCCAACAUCCUCAGGGAGAGGCUGGUUUGGAGAAGGUGAAAGAAGCUGAAGAUGCUUAUCUGUCCAAAUACAGGAGACCAGAUGAAGGGCCAGAACAUGAAUAUCCAAAACCAAUCUGGACAGUACCUCUGCAACCAGAGUUCAAGCUGGGAGAGUUUGAACCUCUUCAUCUGGAAGGUCAAGUAGAGCCGAAAGACGAUCCAAACCUGAAGAUCGAAUGGUACUUCAAUGGCAAAGUCUUGGAGCAUGCUUCUAGAUUCAAAAUGACCAGCGACUUUGGAUUCGUCACUUUGGACCUGACAGACGUCUACGAACGAGACUCUGGAAUCUACACCUGCAAGGCUUACAACAAGGCAGGCGAGGCCUUCACCUCGACAACCAUUUACUGUUCCACCAAAGAGAAUAUCAUUGAAAGAUCUCAGCAUCCAAAGGGUAAGGAAGGUCUCGAGGCUAUCCAAGACCUCGAAGAGUCGUUGAAACGACAAGAAGGUGCUCCUCCCGAGAGCGAGGAAGGUCAUCCUCCAGUGUUCACCUCACAGUUCGAGAAUUUAACCAACUUAUCCGAAGGAGAGAUCGCCCACUUCGAGGCAUCUCUCACUCCAACAGGUGACCAAACCAUGGUCGUCGAAUGGUUCUACAAUGGAAAGGUUCUGGAAGCUAGUCACCGUAUUAGAACAGUCUACGCCUUUGGUAUGGUUGUUCUCGAGGUGCUUGGAACCAAGAUAGAAGAUUCAGGCACCUAUUCCUGCAGAGCUACGAACAAAUGGGGUCAAGCAGAGAUCAGCGUGGAAUUGCAAUGCGUGGAUAAAUCCAAGGGACAGAAACCUAAAUUCACCACUCAUAUUCAAUCUCUCGAAGGCCUUAAAGAUGGCCAGUCGGCACACUUCGAGUGUACCUUGAUCCCUGUAGGAGAUCCUCAAAUGAAAGUCGAGUGGUUCCAUAACGGUCAACCUUUGAGACACUCGUCAAGGUUCAAGAUGGUCUCUGAUUUUGGAUUCGUCGUGAUGGAUAUCGCUGGAGUGAUGGCUCACGACACCGGCGAGUACGUUUGCAAAGCCAGCAACAAAUACGGCGAAGAUUUCACCAAAGCUACCUUGAAAUGUUUCGGAAAGAGCGGAGUGUAUUUGGACUCCCUGCAGCCGGAUUCUUUAGCAAGGAUCCGAGAGUUGGAGAGCUUCGGCGGUGAGCAACCAACGACACCGACCACUCCAGUAGCUGAACCACCGAAAUUCAUCACUCAGAUCGUCGAUAUUACCAGACUGGUCGAAGGACAGUCUGCUCACUUCGAGGCUAGACUCACGCCCGUAAACGACCCAGAUUUGAAGGUCGAGUGGUAUUACAAUGGCAAGAAACUUCCUCAUGGACACAGAUACAGGACCUUCCAUGAUUUUGGUAUCGUCAUUCUGGAUAUACUGUACUGUUACGAGGAGAAUUCUGGAGUAUACGAAUGCAGAGCUUUCAAUAAGUACGGAGAGGAUACUACCAAGGCAACGUUGAAGUGCUUCUCGAAAGCCAGUCUCAUCUUGGAAUCUCAGCUUCCAAAGGGAAUGGAAGGUGGUCUGGAGAAGAUCCAGACUCUGGAGGACUCGAUGAUUCGUACGAAAGAUGAGAAGGUUGUCGAAGAACGUGGAAAAGCUCCGAUGUUCACGGUGCCUUUGAGUAACAUCGAUGGACUUCGAGAAGGCGAAAGCGCGCACUUUGAAGCUAGGCUUAUACCCACCGACGAUCCAAAACUAAAGGUCGAAUGGUUCUGGAACGGAAAACCAUUGCGAACCGGCUCUCGUUUCCGCACCUUCUGCGAUUUCGGCUUCGUAAUCCUGGAAAUCUCUCCCAUCUACCCUGAAGACUCUGGCGAAUACAGCUGCAGAGCAACAAACGAGUACGGCGAAGCAGUGACCACCUGCACUAUGAAGUGUACUGGAAAACGUAGCAUAAUCUUGGAAUCUCAAUUACCGAAAGGAAUGGAAAGUACCAUCGACAAGAUCGCGGAAUUAGAAGGUCUUGGAAACGAGCCAGGUCAAGUAACACCGGAAGACGAUACAGGAAAGCCACCGGAAUUCGUCACUACACCGUCAGAUUUGACCCUAACCGAGAACUCUCUGGCACACUUUGAGUGCAGACUGACACCCAUCAACGAUUCCAGCAUGAGGGUCGAAUGGUUCCAUAAUGGAAAGCCUUUGCUAGCUGGAAGUAGGAUCAAAACGAUCCACGACUUUGGUUUCGUCAUUCUUGAAGUGGCUAAUUGUUACCAAAGAGAUUCUGGUCUUUAUACUUGCAAAGCAACCAAUCGUCACGGCGAAGCUACAGUGAACUGUAAAUUGCAAGUACGUGGUCGUCAAGGUAUCAUCCUGGAACCUCAGCUUCCUACUAACUUCAAGACCGGAACAGAAAGUAUCCAGAAACUGGAGGAGGCUUUGUACAAACGUGACGAGAUACUGACCGAAGAGGAAACGCCUAAUCCUCCUAAAUUCACCGUAGAACUGAAGGAUAUCGAGGUUGAAGAAGGAGCACCCAGUCACUUCGACUGCAGGGUCGAACCAGUGGGCGAUUCUACGAUGCGUAUCGAUUGGUUCCAUAAUGGACGAUCAUUCGCUACUGGCUCCAGAGUUCAUCAGAUCAAUGACUUUGGAUUUAUAUCCUUGGAUAUGUCUUAUACUUACGCCAGGGACAGCGGUGAAUACGUUUGCAGAGCUACGAAUAAAUGGGGAUCUGCUACUACCAAAGCGACCAUCACUUGCAAAUCCAAGAAGACGAUAGACUUCGAUUCUCAACUACCAUCAGGAAUGAGCGGUGAGAAAUUGAAAGAAUUAGAACGUGGACCAGUCAGCGAACCGCCUGUCGAAGAAGCACCGCGACAACCACCAAGAUUCAUCACGCACAUUCAAUCAGCGACGGUGGACGAAUCGGAACCGGUCAGGUUCGAAUGUCGCGUGGAACCGAAAGAUGAUCCAAAUUUGCGUAUCGAAUGGUACAGAAACGGGAAAAUGAUCCCGGCUGGGCACAGAUACAGAACCAUGUACGACAUGGGAUUCGUGUCCAUGGACAUUCUGUACGUCUACCCUGAAGACUCGGGCGAAUACGUGUGCAAGGCUAUCAAUGAUCUUGGAGAGGACACUACUAGGGCAUCGCUAUCCUGUAAAAAGUUGCCCAGCAUUAUCCUACAGAACCAAGUGCCAAAGGGUAUGAAGAAAUCUGAAGCACUGAUGCAGAUGGAAGCGACAAUUAAGAAAUACACUUCGGAGGUGCACUUGACAGAGGAUGAUCUCUACGAUGCCGACAAGAAACAACCACCUCGAUUCGUCACUCAGAUACUAGAUCAAACUGAGUUAGUUGAAAUGAACAGCUCGAAAUUCGAGUGCCAAUUGGCGCCUGUUGGCGAUCCAAACAUGAAGGUUGAAUGGUUCUUCAACGGCAAACCUCUACCUCACAAGAACAGAUUUACACCUAUCUAUGAUUUCGGUUACGUGGCCAUGAAUUUCGGUUGGGUGUACCCCGAAGACAGCGGAGAAUAUCUCUGCAGAGCAACGAAUCUUUAUGGAAUGGACGAAACAAGAGCGGUGAUCAGAACUGCCGGUAAACCUGGAAUUAUUUACGAGUCACAGUUGCCAAAGGGCAUGAAGAGUAUCGAGAAGAUCAGAGAAAUGGAAGCUGCAUGGCAAAUAGUACCUGAGGAAGAAGGCGAAGAAGAGAAGGUGCGGGCACCUCCAACAUUCGUCAGCAAACCUGAGCCUGUCACGGUCGAGGAGGGUGAUUGUUCGAGAUUCUGCUGUCGUGUCACGGGUCAUCCACGUCCGCGUGUCAUGUGGAUCAUCAAUGGUCACACUGUGGUCAACGGAUCGCGUUACAAGCUAACUUACGAUGGCAUGUAUCAUCUGGACAUCCCCAAGACGAGACAGUACGAUCACGGCAAGGUCGAAGUGAUCGCGAGAAGUUCAGUUGGCGAAUCUCGCACUGAAACUACCCUGACAGUGAAACCAAGAAGCGACGAUUAUCGUGGAGUGUUGAAGAACUCGCCGAGACCGUGGUAUGAUUACGGGCUGACACAAUACCAAACGGAGCGACAGAAUACAGAACUGGAGAAAGUAUUCGACGAGAGACAUCACAACGUGUCCCAAGGGAUCGAAAUCGCCACGGAACAUCUUGGACAGAAGGUGUUCAAGGAGCCUGAGACCGAUUGGCAGAAAUCGGUGAAGAGCAAGAAGAACGAAGAAUAUUAUAACAAACUGAUGACCCUCGAGGAGGAACAAGUCUUGAAGGAAACGAGAUUGAGAGAAUCUAGUCAUCAAUUUGCUAUUCCCGGUGAAAAGGUUGUUGCAGACUCUGUGGCGAAGGGAAUGGCACAGAAAUAUGAAGAAACUUUAGAAGAGAAGAAAGAUGAAAAAACCCAGGAGACAGUUCAACCACCUCCGAGACCCUUGAAGAAACCGCACACGACGGAAGUGGACAUUGACGUGGAACGAAUGAAAGUAACGGGAAAGUAUCCUCCAGGACCAUCGGAGUCCACGGUUCACGGUCGCGAGGUUCACGUGGCUAAACAGAAACAAACGCAGAAAGAGGUAAAAGGUGACCUGGAGAUCACCAGAAAGAUAACUGCGACGGAAACCACCGAAGUGGAGCACAAAGCGAAGACCCAGGAACGUGUUGUUCAGGGUCCAACGAAGCCAGCUAAGCCACCGGUAUUUACAAAGAAGAUCCAACCUUGCCGAGCUUUCGAGCAGGAACAGGCACGAUUCGAAGUCGAGUUCGACGGUGAUCCAUUGCCGACCGUCAAAUGGUAUCGCGAAGAUUUCCCGAUUCAAAAUUCAGCGGAUCUUCAGAUAUACACGUUCAGCACGAAGUCGGUGCUGAUUGUUCGACAAGUGUUUAUGGAGGACUCUGGAGUUUUCUCCGUGAUCGCUGAGAAUCGAGGUGGAAAAGCAAAAUGCAGUGCCAAUCUAGUUGUCGAAGAACGUAGGAGACAACCUGGAAGAGGUGGAGUGAUUCCUCCCAGCUUCCUCUCAACCAUUCAGAACACCUCAGUGACCACUGGUCAACUGGCUAGAUUCGAUGCCAAAGUUACUGGAACUAAACCUCUGGACGUGUACUGGUUGAAGAAUGGCAAGAAGAUCACAGCCGACAUUCGCUACAAGACCCUCGAAGAAGACAACACUUACACCUUGUUGCUGUUGGAGACGGUACCCGAAGAUUCAGGGAAAUACGAAUGCGUCGCUAUAAACAAAGCCGGAGAAGCGCGUUGCGACGCUGAAUGUACGGUACGAGGACCACAAUCACCGGCUAAAUCAGCGAAACCGACGACGCCUGGCGUCGAAAAGGCACCCGCGGUUCUCGAGCCAUUGAAAGACCAGACGAUCAGAGAAGGAACAUCCGUUGCCUUCUCUUGUAGGAUCAGCGGGAAACCAGUACCCACGGUGCAAUGGAAGAAGGGCGACAAGGUAAUCAAGCCGUCCAAAUACUUCCAAAUGUCAAAGGAAGGUGAUUUCUGUACCUUGAGGAUCUCCGAAGCUUUCCCUGAAGACGAAGGUGUCUACAAAUGCAUUGCCAAAAAUCCAGCAGGCGAUGUGACCACGUCAGCCAACCUUCGAGUUCUCGCUCCUGACGCAGCCGAUGUUCUACCAAAACUGACACCUCUAAAAGAUCAAAUUGUCAGUGAAGGGCAACCAGCUCAAUUCAAAACCCAAGUUACUCCAUCGAAGCCGAAGCCAACGAUCCAAUGGUAUCGCGAAGGUGCCUUGAUUCCACAAUCACCUGAUUUCCAGAUGAUUCACGAAGGCAAUAAUGCUGUGCUAUUGAUCGCGACCACCUACGAAGAGGACACUGGCACCUUCACCUGCCGGGCAACCACUUCGGCCGGCACUGUAGAAACUUCUGCCAAACUCAUCGUCAAAAAAAGAACAGGGGCGUAUUACGAAGUUCCUGCGGAGACGGGGCCAGGUGCGAGAACCGGUGACAAACCGUUUGUAAGUUUAGGAACCGGCAAGGAUGUAAUCCUUGAGCCAAUACCGUUAGACAAAGGCGAAUUAGAAAUACCCUUGAAACCCGGCGAUGAAACGCUACCCUGGCGAAAAGGGCGCGUUCAUCAUCGACCUCGACUAGCAGACACGACACCAUGGAGAAAAACGAAACCAAAAUCUCGCGACACUUCCUUGGAUAAAUUGCAAGCCACCGAGAGUCAAAUAAAACCGUGGACGGAAGAAACGGUAACCCUGAAGAAAACUCCUCAGCAAGCACGAGAGAUACCUAAAGAGAAACUCGAAGAGGUGGAAUUAAAACCGGCGAAAAUUGAGAAGAAAGAAAUCAGAAGACCCAGUCUCGAAACUGUGGACUUGAAACCGUUCACCAAAGAGACAACAAAGGAAACGAAGAUAGAAGAAAAACUCACUCGUCGCGAAGAGAUUGAUAAAGAGAUCUAUGAAGAGGAAGAAGACUCUAGAUUCCUGAAGACCUCUAGAAAGGUAGAUGAAACCGUGCAAAGAAAGAAGGACGAGGUGAAACCAUGGACCGAGGAGAAGGUUACCUUGAAGAAGUCUAAGCCUGAGAAGAAAGAACUUCCAAAGGAAACUUUGGAAACUGUGGAAUUAAAACCAUCCAAAAUUGGCAAAGGCGAAGUUAGAAAACCAAGUUUAGAAAAAGUGGAUUUGAAACCAGUUCCAACAACGGUGACUGAGAAGGUUAGUGAGAAAGUUACUGAAAAGACUGAGUACCUUGAACAAGAAGACACAUCGUUGCUGGAUGUCUCCAGGACUGAAGAAGUGAAGAAGAAAAGAAAAGAAAAGGUUGAGGAGAAACCUGAGAAACCUGAGCAAGCUAAACCUUGGACCGAAGAGAAGAUCACUUUGAAGAAAUCCAAACCUGUGGUAAAGGAAAUUGAAAAGGAGACCUUGGAGACCGUGGAAUUGAAACCAUCAAAAAUUGGUAAAGCUGAACUUAGAAAACCAAGUUUAGAAAAAGUAGAUUUGAAACCAGUUCCAACGACUGUGACUGAGAAAGUCACUGAGAAGAUUACUGAAAAGACUGAGUACCUUGAACAAGAAGACACUUCGUUGCUGGAUGUCUCCAGGACUGAAGAAGUGAAGAAGAAAAGGAAAGAAAAGGUUGAGGAGAAACCUGAGAAACCUGAGCAAGCUAAACCUUGGACCGAAGAGAAGAUCACUUUGAAGAAAUCCAAACCUGUGGUAAAGGAAAUUGAAAAGGAGACCUUGGAGACCGUGGAAUUGAAACCAUCAAAAAUUGGUAAAGCUGAACUUAGAAAACCAAGUUUAGAAAAAGUAGAUUUGAAACCAGUUCCAACGACUGUGACUGAGAAAGUCACUGAGAAGAUUACUGAAAAGACUGAGUACCUUGAACAAGAAGACACUUCGUUGCUGGAUGUCUCCAGGACUGAAGAAGUGAAGAAGAUGAGGAAAGAGAAGGUUGAAGAGAAACCUGAGCAGGCUAAACCUUGGACCGAAGAGAAGAUCACCCUGAAGAAAGCGAAACAUCUGCCAAAAGAAAUUGAAAAGGAGACUGUAGAGACUGUGGAAUUGAAACCAUCUAAAAUUACCAAAUCGGAAAUUAGGAAGUCUAGUGUGGAAAAGGUGGACCUGAAGACAGUGACCAAAGAAACGAAAGAAAUUACACAGAAAACUGAUUAUAGAGAAGAAGAAGACACCACGUUACUCGAAGUUACCAAGGACACACAGGUGAAGAAAACGAGAAGGGAAUCUAUUCCGGUUGAGAAGGUCGAAGGACCUAAGCCCUGGACGGAAGAAAAGGUAACCCUGAAGAAAGCAAAGCCAGAGAAGAAAGAAGUGCCAAAAGAAAAACCAGAAACUGUCGAAUUGAAACCUUCCAGACCGCAGAAAGCCGACAUUGAAAAACCGAGCCUCGAGGAUGUGGAUCUGAAACCAAUUCCUAAGAAAGUAACAAAAGAAAAGACAGAAAAGGAUAAGUACAUUGAAGAAGAGGACACUUCGCUUCUUGAAGUCACCAAGGACACUGAGACCACCACUAAAGUAGAGAAGAAGGUGAAGAGAAGGGAAGAGGUUGAAAAGAAGCCUGAAACUAAACCUUGGACCGCGGAGAAGAUUACCCUGAAGAAGGCGAAAGUGGAGCAGAAAGAGAUUCGCAGGGAGAGCAUUGAAGAAGUUACUCUGAAGCCAACGAAAACGGAAAAGAGACAAGUAACAAAAGAAACAUUGGAAAAAGUCGAUUUGCAGAAGGUCACUGAUAAGACCCAGUUUGUUGAAGAAGAAGACACUACACUGAUGAAGGUUGAUAAAGUUGAGAAAGUAGAAGAAGAAAGGGUAGAUAAAAUGGCCACCUGGAGAAGAGACAGAAAACCAAAAGAGAAAGCUCCAUACCAUGAAGAAGAAGACAAAUCAAUUCUCGACGUGAAGAGAGACGAAGAGUCUACGGAAAAACGAAAGGAAGUACCUGUACCUUGGGCCAGGGGAAAGAAGAAGCCAACUGAGAAAGCACCUUACCACGAAGAGGAAGAUACGAGUCUCCUCGACGUGAAGAAAGAUGAGGAAUCUAUAGAAAAGCAGAAAGAGGUGCCUGUACCUUGGGCCAGAGGUAAGAAGAAACCGAAGGAAGAGAAACCAGAAUUAGUUCCACAACAGGUACAACCUGAAGAGAAACCCGAGGAGGAGGAAACAUUAGAGAAGACGCAAGUUCCAUGGCUUCGGGACAAGAAAGUAGCGAGAAAAAUACCAGAGAGGAAGGAGGAACCGGUUGAGGACAUUAAAUCGGUCACGUUGAAACCAGUGAGACGGGAACGCGCGCCCGAGGAGAAGGAAAAACCGGAAGAAGUGACCUUGAAGCCUGUCAAACGCAUUCCACGUGAAGAAGAGGAGAAAGAGGAGGUGCAAUUGAAACCCAUUCCGAAACGCAAGCCUGAAGAAAAGCCACAAGAAGAAAUAAUACUAAAGCCAUUCCAGAAACCAAAGCCUGAAGUUGAGGAACAAGAGAAACCGAAAUUGAAACCAUUCGAAAAAGCGAAACCAGAAGUACCGGAGCAAGAAAAAGUACAGUUGAAACCGUUUAAACGAGAGAAGCCGGAAGUACCGGAGAAAGAAAAAGUAGAGUUGAAACCGUUCAAACGAGAGAAACCCGAAGAGACCUUGGUUCCACAGAAAGUUCCUGAGAAACCGGAAGAAGAACAGCCUUCGGAAGUUGAAGAGGUAUCUUGGCGUAGAAAACCAAAGAAGAAAGAGGCAAUAAUACCAGAAAAGCCUGUUGAAAAAGUGGAAGAAGUAAAGGUUGUUGAAGAUAAGGUAAUAAAGAAACAGGAAGAAACGAUAGAAGACUUCAAAUCGUUCACAUUGAAACCGACUAAACGCGGUAAAAAACCUGAAGAGAAGGAAGAGAAGGAAGAAGUGACGUUGAAGCCAGUGAAACGUCUUCCGAAGGAAGAAGAAACUAAAGCAGAAAUUAAACUAAAACCAGUAGAGAAGAAGGUUGAAGAGAAAGAGGCAAAGCCAUUGAAACCAGAAAUGGCACCAACAGUUCCUGAAGAAGAGAAGCCAACAGAAGUAUCAGAGGUUCCUUGGAAACGUGGAAAGAAAAAACCUGUAGAGAAACGAGUAGAAGAAGUAACAACUGAAGAAAAGAAAGUAGAAGAAGAAGAGAAAGAAGUCUCUGAGUUAAGUUGGCGCAAACCACGAAAAGAAAAGGUAAAGGAGGUAAAGAAGGAACAGGAAGUUGAAGAUUUCACUGCUGUUAUGUUGAAACCAACGCGAAAGGAGAAGAAACCGGAAGAGAAAGAGGAGAAAGAGGAAAUAACAUUGAAACCGAUUCAGAAGGUACAAAAAGAGGAAGAGAAGCCUGAAGCAGUGACUUUGAAACCGGUGAAAGUAGAAAAACCUGAGGCUGUAGAAAAAGAAGAAGUUCCAGAAGAGAAGACAGAAUUGCCAUGGCGACGUGGUAAGAAACCAGCGAAAAAGAUCGUGCCACAGGAAGAGGUUAAACCGGAAGAGAUCAGAAAACCUGAGGAACGAGUACCAGAAGUUAAGGAAGAAGUACCGAAGAAACCAAAGGUAGAAAAACCUGAAGAAGAGAAACUAGAGGUUAAACUGAAACCUGUUAAGAGAUUAGAAAAACCAGAGGAAGCUAAACCGGAAGAAGUUACUUUGAAACCAGUGAAACGACUUCCUAAGGAGGAAGAAGAAAAGGAGGAAGUAAAAUUGAAACCAAUAAAGAGAGAAAAACCAGAAGAAGAAAAGCCUGAGGUAAAAUUGAAACCUUUUAAGAGAUUGGAAAAACCAGAGGAAGAGAAACCGGAAGAAGUAACUCUGAAACCAGUGAAACGUCUUCCAAAGGAAGAAGAAGAGAAAGAGGAAGUGAAAUUGAAGCCAAUUGACAGGAAGAAACCUGAGGAAGAGAAACCAGAGGUUAAGUUGAAACCAAUCAAACGGCUUGAGAAACCUGAAGAGGAAAAACCAGAAGAAGUUGCUUUGAAACCAGUGAAACGACUUCCUAAGGAGGAAGAAGAAAAGGAGGAAGUAAAAUUGAAACCAAUAAAGAGAGAAAAACCAGAAGAAGAAAAGCCUGAGGUAAAAUUGAAACCUUUUAAGAGAUUGGAAAAACCAGAGGAAGAGAAACCGGAAGAAAUAACUCUGAAACCAGUGAAACGUCUUCCUAAGGAAGAAGAAGAGAAAGAGGAAGUCAAACUGAAGCCAAUAAAGAAGGAAAAGCCUGAGGAAGAAAAACCGGAGAUUAAGUUGAAACCAAUCAAACGACUUGAGAAACCUGAAGAGGAAAAACCAGAAGAAGUUACUUUGAAACCUGUGAAGCGGCUUCCUAAGGAGGAAGAAGAAAAGGAGGAGGUGAAAUUGAAACCAAUAAAGAAAGAAAAACCAGAAGAAGAAAAGCCUGAGGUAAAAUUGAAACCUUUUAAGAGAUUGGAAAAACCAGAGGAAGAGAAACCGGAAGAAGUAACAUUGAAACCAGUAAAGCGACUUCCCAAGGAGGAGGAAGAGAAGGAAGAGGUAAAACUGAAACCAAUAAAGAAAGAAAAACCAGAAGAAGAAAAGCCGGAAGUUAAGUUGAAACCUGUUAGACGGCUUGAAAAACCUGAAGAAGAAAAGCCAGAAGAAGUUACACUGAAACCUGUCAAACGUCUUCCUAAGGAAGAAGAAGACAAGGAGGAAGUCAAACUGAAGCCAAUAAAGAAGGAAAAGCCUGAGGAAGAGAAGCCAGAAGUAAAGUUGAAACCAGUUAAACGACUUCCAAAGGAAGAAGAAGAGAAGGAGGAAGUCAAACUGAAGCCAAUAAAAAAGGAAAAACCUGAGGAAGAAAAGCCGGAGGUUAAGUUGAAACCUGUCAAACGACUCGAGAAACCAGAGGAGGAAAAGCCGGAAGAAGUUACAUUGAAACCAGUGAAACGACUUCCCAAGGAAGAAGAAGAGAAGGAGGAAGUCAAAUUAAAACCGAUCAGGAAAGAAAAACCUGAGGAAGAGAAACCAGAAGAAAUAAAAUUAAAACCUGUCAAACGAUUAGAUAAACCAGAAGAGGCAAAACCAGAGGAGGUAACGUUGAAACCUGUGAAACGGCUUCCUAAGGAAGAAGAAGAAAGGGAAGAAGUGAAGCUGAAACCAGUAAAGAAGGAAAAACCAGAAGAAGAGAAGCCGGAAGAAAUAAAAUUAAAACCUGUCAAACGAUUAGAAAAGCCGGAAGAAACUAAACCAGAAGAAGUAAGUUUGAAACCCGUUCCAAAGGUUGUUCCUGAAAAGGAUGAAGAGAAACCGGAAGAAGAGGCGCCUGAAACCUCCAUUUUACCAUGGCGCCGUGGCAAGAAGACAAAGAAGGUUGUCGAUUUCCACGAAGAAGUCACUGUAGUACCAAUCGAUCAAGAGAAGAUCGUUUCCGAAGUUCAUGAAAAAGAAACAACGAUUGUGGAACAGAAAGUGGAAGCCAAGGAAGUGAUCGAAAAGAAGGUCGUAGUGGAAGAAGUAAAACCUGAAGUGGUUGAAGAGGUCACUGAAGUAUCCGAAGUAUCCUGGAGGAAGCCACGAAAACCGAAGAAACCGGUGGAAGAAAAGGAAGUGGUUGAGUUGAAGCCAGUGGAGAAGCAUGAAGAAAUUGUAGAAAAAGUUGAGGAGAAGAUAACCUUGAAAAAAGUGAAGAAAGAGGUCCCUGAAGUCGAGGAAAAGAAGGAAAUUCAACUAAAACCUGUUCCAAAGAAACCGAAAGAAGAAGAAGUACCCGAAAAGAUAAUUCUGAAACCUGUGAAAAAGGAGAAACCUGAAGAGAAACCAAAAGAAGAAGAAAUUCCAGAAUUAAAACCAGUCAAGUUAGAAAAACCAGAGAAAGUUGAAGAAACUGAAGAGAAGGAGGAAGUGAUGGUCGAAAUAACGCGAAAAAAGCCGAAGAAGAAACCUGAAGAGGUACCAGUCGAGAAAGAAGAAGUUGUCGAAACUGAGAUUACAGAAAUCACGGAAGAAAAACCGGAAGAAAUAUCAGUUCUCCCAUGGCGAAGGCCAAAGAAGGUUACCGAAAAGAAGAUCGAAGUGGAAGAAAUAAAACCUGAGAAGGUCGAAGACAAAGAAGUCGAAGAGGUCACUGAAACAACAGAAGUAUCCUGGAGAAAGCAACGAAAACCGAAGAAACCAAUAGAAGAAGAAGAAAAGCCUGAAAAGGUAACUCUGAAACCAGUUAAAAGGGAGAAACCUGAAGAGAAACCAAAGGAAGAAAUUCCAGAAUUAAAACCAAUCAAAUUAGAGAAACCAGAAAAGGUUGAAGAGACUGAAGAGAAAGAAGAAGUGAAGGUAGAAGUAACUCGAAGAAGACCGAAGAAGAAACCUGAAGAAAUCCAGCGAGAAGAAAUUGAGGUGGAAACCAAGGAAGUUGUCGAUGAUGUCGAGGUCGAGAAAAUUGAGAAACAAGAAAUUCAAAUUGAAGAUCGUAAGAGGAAACGGAAACAGCGUACUCAGGUCGAUAUAUCGAUCAUCGAUAAAGAUAAAAAAAUCGCGCCAAGGUUUAUUCAAAAAUUGCAACCGGUCAUCGCCGAACCGGAAAGCACCGCGAAAUUCACAUGCACGGUAUUUGGCAGUCCGGUUCCUGAAAUUUCCUGGUACAGGAACGAACAGGAACUUCACGCCAGUGAGAAGUACAUAAUGACGGUGUACGAAACAACGGCUUCGUUGGAGAUAACUAAGGUGAAAGAAGAAGAUGCUGGAAUGUAUUCUUGCAGAGCAUCGAAUCCAGCUGGAGUCGCAACAUCCACCGUGAAUCUCGUGAUAUUUGAAAAAGAAGAAGAGGGCAUAGCGCCUCACUUCUCAACGCCCAUCAAGCCGCUAAUGGUGGAGGAGCAUAAACCAGCUCUGUUAGAGUGCGUGGUAACUGGAAGCCCGGUACCGGAAGUGAAAUGGUACCGGGGCGAACAGGAGCUUAAACCUAAGAAAGGUAGAGAAAUCACCUUCAAUCCUGAAACUGGAGAAGCGAAAUUGCAUAUACUGGAGCCGACGGAAGAGGACGAAACGAUUUAUAGAGUUCGAGCUGUGAACAAAUUCGGUCGGGCCGAAUGUAGAGCUAAUUUGUUGAUCAGUAACGUGGUGAAAGUCAGUAAACCGGAAGUCCUUAGAGCACCAAAGAUCACCAGACCGUUGCCGGCUUUAGUCGCGGAACGUGGAAAGCCUUUGACUCUGUCUGCUGAUUUCGAAAGCAAACCUACACCGGAAGUGAAGUGGUUCCGCAACGGUGUUGAAUUAGCACCGUCCGAGAAGAAUGUGAUCAACAUCUACGAGAACACGGCCGAGUUGUUCAUUCCAGAGGUGACCAAGAAGGACGGUGGAAAAUAUGAAAUUCGUGUCCAGAAUCCUGUCGGAGAAGCUAGAAGUUCUGGAUCUGUUACCGUGAAAGAUCGUCCGGAUAAAACGGACGAAGUUAAAGCUCCGAGAUUUAUCGAACCGUUGCAACCACAAAUCGUUGCCGAAGGAGAGGUCGUGAUUAUGGAGACGAAGGUUGAAUCUUAUCCAACAGCCUCGUUCCAAUGGUUCCACGAAACUCGUCCUUUGGAGUCCACACCGCAAGUGAGGAUCGUCACUCAAGAAAACAAAUCGAUCCUGAUGAUCAAAGAGAUCAAAUCCGAAUACGCUGGCACUUACACCUGUCGCGCUGAGAACGUUGGUGGAUCUGUCACCUGUACAGCCACCAUAAAUCUGCUGGAAACACCAUGGGAAGAAACGGUGGAGCUAGUUUCACCGACGUUUGUCAAACGAUUAUCACCGGUCAGGGUCAUGGAUGGUGAAAGCGCGAACCUGACUUGUGUGGUACAAGGAAAACCCACUCCCAGAGUGGAAUGGUACCACGAUAGUAAACCUAUCAAAGAAGGAAAAGAGAUCACCAUCGUACAGGACACCGAAGGUGUCUGUAGCUUAGCCAUAACCGAAGUGUUCCCUGAAGAUGCAGGUGAAUACACUUGUCGUGCCGUGAAUCCUGUCGGCGAAGCAGUUUGCACGACGUCGCUUAUCGUGGAAGCAUACGAGUACGUACCGGAUUCGGAAAUUGCAUCCUCGAUCGUCGCGACGUCUCUUACUACAGGGCAGAGUGGUUCCGAAGAAGAUCUCUUAUCUCCAAAGGAAACUCCAUUGUUCGACACGGACACGGAAGAAUCCGCGCCGGAGAUAAUUAAGAAGCUUCCUCAGUUAAUUCCUACCAAAGAUGGAGAAUUAACCAGACUGGAAGUGAAGGUCAAGGGAAAACCAAAGCCAGAAGGAAAAUGGUACAAGCAGGGUGUAGAGAUCGUGUCGUCUCAAGAAUUCCAAAUCGAAGAAUUCGAAGAUGGCACAUCUGUGUUGACGAUCGCCGAAACUUACCCCGACGACACGGGCGAGAUUGUGUUCGAAGCGCACAAUCCGCUCGGAGUAUCGACCACGAUGACGUACCUAUCGGUAGAAGGAAUCGUUGGAACGAAGGAAUACAGAAAGCCGGAAUGGGUGACCCACAUGGAGGAGAUGCAAGAAGCUCUAAGAGCCACGCAAACUGUACCACGAUUCAUUCAAGAGAUAACAGAUGUUUAUGUGAAAGAAGGUGAUACCGCAGUGUUCGAGUGCUCUUAUUCGGGCAAUCCUACUCCAGACGUUGUAUGGUACAAGAACGAUAAGAUGCUAAUGAGCACACAGAACCUGAAGGUGCGAAUCUACGAUGACGAUAAGAAGACAGUGUUGACGAUCAAACACGCGACCGAAGAAGACGACGGCGCUUAUGUGUGUAAAAUCACUAGUGAAACAGGUCUAGCGACAUCGAAAGCCAAAUUACACGUGACUGACGUAACCGAUGAGAAGAAAUUCUACGAGGAGGAGGAGGAAGUCGAAGAGCAGACGAUAGAAGUAAAGCCGAAAGAGAAACCACAGAAGAAGAAGUUGAGGAAGGCGAAAGAAGUGAAAGAGAAAGUUAAAACUGAACGUGUGAAAGUGGACAAGAAAGAAGUGCGCAAAGAGAAACUGGUUCCUAAAGAACAACCAGAAGAAAAGAAAAUUGUCGAUAUCGAAGAAACACAGAUACUCGAAUCGACAGACAUUAUCGAAGAGAAACCAACCGAGGUGUCGCAAGCCAAGAAGAUAGUACCGAUCCAAGAGCCUGUGUUGACAGAAGCAACCGCGUCCCUGAAGAAGAUCGACGACGAGAAACCAAAGGAUAUGGUACCAAAACCUGAAGAGCGUGCCAAGCGUGUGAUCGAAGAACGUGAAGGAAUAGUGGUCGUCUCCGAAGUAACCACCGAGGACAUGGCACCCGAUUUCACCGUAGAAUCCAAGGUGGAUCGUGCUCAGAUAACGUCAGAAUCUUUACAGACAGUGACCGUGUCCGAGGUUCACACAGAGACCAGCGUGCAAGAGGUCAGACGAGCAGAAGCGAAGCAGAGGAAGGCGAAGAAGACGGUGGUAACCGAAGAAGAGAUAUUCGAGGAGAGACCUAAAGAGGUGGUCGUCGAAGAGAAGCCAAAGAAGAAGAAGAAAACAGAGAAGGUGAAGGUUCGAGAAGAAGUUACCAUUGAAGAAAUCGUCGAAAGGCAGAGAGAAAACAUCGCCAGAGAAGUUGAAGAGAUCAUGGAGAUGUUACACGCGAAAGAAUUCGGGCCUGGAGAGGCUCCUCUUCGUGAACUGGCCACUAUCGGUUACCUGGUUCGUCAAGGUGUCUCCGUGAAUGAAAUCAACGAAAGUCUUUACAGGACCGAGAACUUCCCUGCCCUGAAGACACCUGAGGCACAGAACGCUCUUGUUCAAUUGGUCGAGAGAGAAGGUCACGGACCUCUUAUCACUCAGGUUCUAACCGAAGAGACGACCACCGACGAAAGCGUCGUGGCUGCGACCGUUGGUUUCCGCGCCUUCAUGAGGAUGAUCGAACUGCAACACGUCACCGUGGAAGAGGUGCUCACGCACUUCGCUCCGGAGGACUUCCGGCCACGUGCUUGGGAGGUUACCGAAGCUACGGAAGUUGAAACGGAAGAACGGGUUACAGAACGAGUGGAUGUCGUUCGCAAGACGGAAGUCCACUUUAUGGAGAGGAGGGACGAAAGAAAAGCCGUCCGCACGCAGGAUAUUCGUGACAUUAAAGAAUACGAGGACACACGGCAGACACACACAACACUGCGCGCACGAAAAGAUAGAAAACCGAGGGAAGAGACAAAGGAAGAUAGGGACGAGGGGGUUCAGGUUGUAGAGAUCGAAGAGAUCGAGGAUACCGAACAAGAGAAGAUGAAGAAGAAGCGAAAGGACGUGGAAGAGAUCGAGGAAGAGAUCGAAACCGUGAUCGUUGAAACAGACUCGAAGGGCAGGCUGGCUCAAAAGAAAAAGAAACGCGAUGAUUUAGAAGAGAAGGAGGAUGUUGAAGAAGAAGAAGAGAUUAUAGAGAAAGUAAGAAAAGAACUGAAGCCAAAGCGACCUAAGAUCGGCAGAGACGAGGUUGAACUCGAGGAAAUCGAAGAAUUCGACGUGACCGAAGAUAAAUCAAUGCCAUCAAUCAUGGUGAACGUUCCUAGUCAACGUCACCAAGUGGUACCAUUAGACCGAACCACUGAACAGGCGCCUGGAAAACCUGAAUUAGAAAAAGCAAAAUUAACAGUAGACACGAUAACUGCAUUGACAGAACACAUUGUACCAGUACAAGAGAAGGAGAUCAGCGACAUCAGUCGAAUAAAACCCAUCGAACGCAAAGCAUCACUGUCCAUCUCACCGGUGGAACCGUACUCGACCACGGAGACAACUGUCCAAGCGUCCACCGGUGAAUUCGCAGACACGUUCAAGCCAACAUCGUACGAGGCAACACCAGGAAUAAUUCCAUCGGAAGGUGUGCAGGUCAGCGAGACUUUGGUCAGCGACGCUGGCGUGACAAGUUUGUCCGUGAGCAAACAGGAGAUCGGUAGGACAGCGGAAGUAAGCGUGACUCUUCAGGAAGCUACGACGGUCUACGAAACGAUGGUGAGGGAGAAAGAAGUACCGACAGAGGACUUCGUGACGCCGCAGACUGUCAAAGCUGAAGACACUAUUCUACCUCAAUUAAGCUUGUCCGUGUACGAAGUGCACGAAGGUUUAACCGAAGACAAACUGGAGCCCCUGAAGACGGUGGCGACGAAACCGAGAGUGAACGUUACAGCUGUUGAACCGUUGGUGGUCGAAGAGGUUCGCGCGGAGGAUAAGCCAGGAAAGUAUUAUCCGGAAUUGAUCGUCCCUACGGAAGUGGCAACGCAGAGUGUCAUCUCUCAGCGUCAAAGAGUUACCGAAGAGAUGCACGCGCCUGAGAAGGAAGGCGAAUAUAUACCAGGAAGACUACCACCGAGUCAAGUAGCACAAAUUGGAAUAUCGUACGGAAACGAGACUGCCGUGGUCCAGCAGAACGUCGUGCAGGAAAGCGAAGGAGUAUUUAUCUCUGAAAAGAAGACCGAGACCUUCGAAGCUACCACUAACGUCACUGUACUCGAAGGAGUGUCCGUGUCCACGGUUCAAACACAGGACACGGAGACUAGCUUAACGAUCGAAGAGACGAAGAAGGCCGUGGCUGAUUUGAACGUCAUCGAGAUGACUCCAGCGGUGACUGUUGAGACGGUGCCCUCGGAGAAAGAGAAGGAGUACCAGCCAGGUGACAAACCAGACACGAAGACAGCAGAGACAUCCAUAUCUUCGUUAGAGAUUGGAUCGAUUCAGAGUACCGUUGUUCAAGAAUCAGAAGGAGUUUAUCGUCCCGAUGAGAAGCCAACGAAGGCAUUAGCAGAGACCUCGAUCAGACCGGAAGAACACGUGAUGAUCUCUGAAAUUCAAACAGCAGAUUAUCCGUCAGACUUCAGAGAGGAGUUGAAGUACGUCCAGGAAAGUGGAACGGUAUCUGUACAAUUAACCGAAGCUAAGAUGAUCCAGGAGACCUUGACCCACGACCGCGAGGAGAGGAUGGAGGAAAUGGUGAAACCUGAAGAACGUAUGGUAGACACGAGCUACGAUGUGAACAGAAGCGUUGAGGUAUUCCAGACUACUUCGGUUGAAAAGGAGGCUGAUUUGAGGGUCUUCGAGAUGCCCGAGUCUCAUCGUGGUAAGACUGUGCCUACCCAUCCUGUCGUUUCGUUGGAGGUAGAGAUGACCCAGCCGGAGGACAAUCUAGGCGAAGUGAAGAAGGAGGUGCCUUCCUCUGGCACGGCGAAGGUGGAACACGUCAGUUUGCAGGAAACUAUAGUAGGCGAGACAGUCGUCGCCGAGAAUUUAGCUCCCGUUGAAAAGGAUAAAGCUCCCGAGACCAAGGUAGCUGAAAUUGCCAUGAACGAAGUUGAGAGUCUGCACACCACCAUGGUGGUCGUGAGUGAGAAGGAAACCGAAUACACCCAGGUAUCCGACGUGAAGGGAGCGUAUGCCAGCACAGAAUUCACUACCCAAGUAGCACCGAUGCUCGAAGAAGUUAGGUCACAUUCGCCUACCGAGGAAUACCUACCGGAUCAGAAACCUACUUCCGGUAUAGCUCAGCCGUCCCAUGUUCCUCUAGAAAGCAUCACUGUAGCCGUGCAAGAGUUGGCUGAGAAGGAAGAUUUGUACAAGACUGAUGUGAGACCGGAUCAAAAGACAGCCAAUGUAGCUCUCACUGAAUUAACAUCCAUUAGUAUUCCUGAAGUGAUGCAGGUGAUUACAGCGAGCAGUGCUGAAACCUUGAAGAAAGAGACCAAGAUGAAGGAAGAGAAGGGUAGAGUAGAGGUAGAGGAGCUAUCGUCGACUAUCAUAUCAGAAGUGAUCUCGAAUGAAACAGAAGACGUCUUCACUACUAAGGCCACGCCUAAAGAUCAGAAGGCAGACUUCAACGUCUCUGGCAGAGAAGCUGCAGAGACAACCCAAGUGACCGCUAUGACAGAAGCGGAGGAUCUCGCUGUGAAGCGACCCGAAGAACAGAAAGGCAAACCUCAAGUGGACGAACUGACACCUCUUACAGUUUCUCAUGUGGAAACUGGGGAAGCUGAAAAGGAGCUACCAACAGCAGAGGUUCCUAAAGAGAAAACAGCUCAACCAAACAUAUUUGGCAGAGACGUCGCCGAGACGAUGCAGGUACUCACUGUGACCAGCGCUGAAGAGCUUGCUGCACCGAAGGCGCCGGAAGGACAAAAGGGGAAGCCGCAGGUAGAAGAGUUAACACCUUUGUCAGUGUCUCAGGUGGUAUCUCAAGAAGCAGAAUCAGCGCUACCAGCCCCUGAAGCGCCGACGGAAAGAAAGGCACAACCCGACAUGACAGGCAGAGACAUAGCUGAAACGAUGGAAGUGUUGACCAUGACGAGUGCCGACAUCUUAGCAGAAGACGUCAAACCAACCGAACAGAAGGGUAUGCCAGGUUUGGAAGAAUUUGUUCCUCUGUCUGUAUCGCAGACAGUGUCUACCGAAAAGGAGGAUGUUCUACCUAGCCCUGAAGCACCUACCACGAAGACAGCGCAGCCAAGUCUAACUGGUCGCGACAUAGCAGAAACCAUGCAAGUAGUGAUGAUGACUAGCGAGAAGGAGUUGAUCACUGCUCUCGCACCGGAAACACACAAAGGUAUACCUAACGUUGAAGAACUGACACCGCUCACUGUUUCUCAAACCGUGUCGCACGAAGCUGAAGAUGUCUUCGAGAAGACCGCAGCACCGAGCGAGGUAACCGCCAAACCAGCCUUUUCGGGAAGGGAAGUCGCUCAGACCAGCGAGAUGAUGAUCGUAACUAACGUUGGAGAACUGGAGAAACAGGUACUACCUGACGAGCAGAAAGGACAAGCCCAACUGGACGAGCUGAUGCCGCUCACAGUGUCACAGGUAAUAUCAGGCGAAGUUGAAGAAGGCUUACCAGAAGCUGAGAAACCAAAGGAAAAGACAGCUCAACCAGGCAUUUUAGGAAGAGAUAUCGCAGAGACCACACAGGUGUUAACUGUUACCAGUGCUGAAGAGCUUGCGGCACCCAAAGCACCAGAAGGACAGAAAGGCAAGCCACAAGUUGAAGAACUAGCACCGUUAACUGUUUCUCAGGUCGUUUCUGAAGAAGCCGAGGGAAUAUUACCGGCACCUGAAGCGCCAACCGAAAGGAAGGCUCAACCUGACAUGACAGGCAGAGACAUAGCUCAAACGAUGGAAGUGUUGACCAUGACCAGCGUGGACACGUUCACUGAAGAUAAGAAACCUGACGAACAGAAAGGACAUCCGGAAUUGGAAGAAUUUGUUCCUCUGUCUGUGACUCAAACAGUGUCGAACGAAAUGGAGGAUGUUCUACCCAGUCCAGAAGCACCGUCCACGAAGAUAGCUCAACCGAGUCUAACAGGUCGUGAUGUUGCAGAAACCAUGCAGAUAUUAACAAUGACCAGUGAAGAAGAGUUGAUAACAGCUCAAACUCCUGAACAACACAAGGGCAAACCGAACGUGGAAGAACUGACACCACUCACGGUGUCGCAGACGGUAUCGCAAGAAGCUGAAGAAAUACUGGAGAAAGCUGCAGCACCAACCGAGGUAACUGCUAAACCAGCUUUCUCAGGAAGAGAAGUUGCACAAACUAGCGAGAUAAUGAUUGUAACUAACGUUGGAGAACUGGAGAAACAGGUACUACCUGACGAACAAAAAGGUCAGCCACAACUUGACGAAUUAACACCUCUUACAAUCUCGCAAAUAAUAUCAGGCGAAGUUGAAGAAGGUUUACCAGAAGCUGAGAAACCGAAGGAAAAGACAGCUCAGCCAGGCAUUUUAGGAAGAGAUAUCGCAGAGACCACUCAGGUGUUAACUGUUACCAGUGCUGAAGAGCUUGAAGCACCCAAAGCACCUGAAGGACAGAAAGGAAAACCGCAGAUUGAAGAGCUAGCACCGUUAACUGUUUCUCAGGUUGUUUCUCAAGAAGCAGAGGGAAUAUUACCAGUACCUGAAGCACCAACCGAAAGGAAGGCUCAGGCUGAUUUAACAGGAAGAGACGUUGCUGAAAUGAUGGAGGUUUUGACUAUGGCGAGUGUAGAUACUUUGACCGAGGACAAGAAACCUGCUGAACAGAAAGGUGUACCAGGUUUAGAAGAAUUCGUACCUCUGUCUGUCUCGCAGACGGUCUCUACCGAAAAGGAAGAGGUUCUACCCAGUCCUGAAGCACCCACGACUAAGGUAGCAGAAGCAAGUCUGACUGGUCGCGACAUAGCGGAGACCAUGCAGGUUGUAACCAUGACCAGCGAAGAAGAAUUAAUAUCAGCUCGUGUCCCUGAACAGCACAAGGGUAUAUUCAACGUCGAAGAACUGACAUCGCUAACAGUUUCUCAAACCAUAUCACACGAGACUGAAGAGAUUCUGGAGAAAGCUGCAGCACUUGGGGAAGUAACUGCCAAACCUGCGUUCACCGGAAGAGAGGUUGCACAAACGAGUGAAACGUUGAUCGUAACGAACGUAGGAGAGCUGGAGAAACAAAUACUACCUGAAGAACAGAAAGGUAAACCUCGCGUGGACGAGAUGACUUCUAUUACGGUGUCGCAGGUUGUGUCGGGAGAAGUCGAAGAACGUUUGCCAGAGGCUGAGAAACCGAAAGAAAAGACAGCUCAGCCGAGCAUGCUUGGGAGGGACAUUGCAGAAACCACUCAGGUGUUAACCAUGACCAGUGCUGAAGAGCUUGCAGCACCCAAAGCACCAGAAGAACAGAAAGGAAAGCCACAAGUCGAAGAACUGGCACCGCUUACUGUUUCCCAGGUUGUUUCUCAGGAAGCAGAGGGAGUGUUGCCAGUGCCUGAAGCACCAACGGAAAGACAGGCACAACCUGAUCUGACAGGCAGAGACGUGGCACAAAUCACAGUCGUAAUGAGUAUGGCGAGCGCAGACGUGAUGAUUGAAGACAAGAAACCUGAAGAACAGAAAGGUGUUCCUGGUGUGGAAGAAUUCGUACCUUUAUCCGUGUCACAGACAGUCUCCACUGAGAAGGAGGAUGUGCUACCAAGUCCUGAAGCACCUACCACGAAGAUGGCACAACCAAGUCUGACUGGUCGUGACAUAGCAGAAACUAUGCAGGUGGUAACAAUGACGAGCGAAGAAGAACUGAUAACUGCUCUUGCGCCAGAAACGCACAAAGGGAAACCCAAUGUCGAAGAGCUGACAUCGCUUACUGUUUCUCAAACCAUCUCGCAGGAAACGGAAGUGAUUCUGGAGAAGUCUGCAGCACCGAGCGAGGCAACUGCUAAACCUGCGUUUACCGGAAGAGAAAUCGCGCAGACCAGCGAGAUCCUCGCUGUAUUAAACGUUGGAGAAUUAGAAAAGCAUGUACUACCCGAGGAGCAGAAAGGUAAACCGAAAUUGGAAGAAUUAACACCACUUACGAUUUCGCAAAUAAUAUCUGGAGAAGCUGAAGAAGGCCUGCCGACAGCUGAAGUUCCUAAGGAGAAGACUGCUGAACCAAGUAUGCUAGGAAGAGACAUAGCAGAGACCACUCAGGUGUUAACCAUGGCCAGUGCUGAAGAGCUGAUGGCACCGAAGGCACCAGAAGAACAGAAAGGAAAACCACAAGUCGAAGAGUUAGCUCCAUUAACUAUCUCCCAAGUAGUAUCUCAGGAAGCUGAAGGGGUAUUGCCAGUGCCAGAAGCACCAACCGAGAGGAAGGCACAACCUGACCUGACAGGAAGAGACGUGGCACAAACCACAGUGGUAAUGAGUAUGGCGAACGUAGAUAUCAUGAUCGAAGAAAAGAAACCUGAGGAACAGAGAGGUAUUCCUGGUCUGGAAGAAUUCGUACCUCUGUCCGUGUCACAGACAGUCUCCACUGAAAAAGAAGACGUGCUGCCCAGCCCUGAAGUGCCUACAACCAAGAUGGCACAGCCAAGCUUGACUGGUCAUGACGUAGCAGAAACUCUUCAGGUUUUGACGAUGGUUAGCGAAGAGCAGCUAACAACUAAAGCACCGGAAGAACAAAAAGGAAAACCGAACGUUGAGGAAUUGACAUCGCUCACAGUUUCUCAGACAGUGUCUCACGAAGCUGAAGAUAUCCUGGAGAAAGCUGUCGCACCGAGCGAAGCGACAGCUAAACCCGCCUUCUUGGGAAGAGAAGUUGCAGAGACCAGUCAAGUUCUUACCGUAACAACUGUUGGAGAACUACAGAAAGAUGUAUUACCAGAAGAACAGAAAGGUAAGCCACAGUUGGAGGAACUCACGCCACUUACAGUAUCACAGAUAGUAUCUGGAGAAGCUGAAGAGCGUUUACCAGAAGCUGAAAAACCAAAAGAGAAGACAGCCGAACCGAGCAUGCUCGGAAGAGACAUAGCAGAGACCACUCAGGUGUUAACCAUGGCCAGUGCUGAAGAGCUUCUAGCACCCAAAGUCCCUGAAGAACAGAAAGGCAAACCACAAGUAGAGGAACUGGCACCUUUAACUGUCUCUCAGGUAGUAUCUCAAGAAGCAGAAGGAACUUUGCCAAUACCUGAAGCUCCAACAGAGAGGACAGCCCAACCUGAUCUGACAGGAAGAGACGUAGCUGAAACGAUGGAGGUGUUGACGAUGGCUAGUUUAGAUACACUGAUCGAAGACAAGAAACCUGCUGCACAAACUGGUGCUCCAGGUUUGGAGGAAUUCAUUCCUCUGUCAGUGUCUCAGAUGGUCUCCACCGAAAAGGAGGAUGUUUUACCCAGUCCUGAGGUACCAACAGAGAAGAUGGCUCAACCUAGUCUGAUCGGAAGAGACGUUGCAGAGACCAUGCAGGUUCUGACGAUGAUCAGUGCCAUGGAACUGACAACAGGUCAUGCACCAGACCAACAGAAAGGUGUACCAAACGUAGAAGAACUGACCUCGCUAACAGUUUCUCAGACAGUGUCUCACGAAACUGAAGAGAUCCUAGAAAAGGCUGUAGCACCUAGUACAGUAACUGCGAAAGCUGCACUAUCGGGAAGAGAGGUAGCAGAGACGAGUCAGGUUUUAACGGUAUCCAAUGUGGAAGAGUUUGAGAAAUCAAUACUACCCGAAGGGCAGAAAGGAAAGCCACGUUUGGACGAAUUGACGUCUAUAACAGUCUCCCAGGUUUUGUCCAAUGAACUUGAAGAGACACUACCGUCUCCAGAGAAACCUAGCGAGAAGAUCGCCCAGCCUCAGAUGAUUGGCAGAGAAGUAGCAGAGCAGACGGAAGUCUUAACUGUCACGAAUGUCGAAGAAUUGAAGAAACUCGAGAAACCAGAGGGUCAAACAGGAAAGCCAGACGUGGAAGAGAUGAGUUUCAUCACAGUCUCCGAAGUGUUUUCCACAGAAAUGGAGAAAGAAAUGCCUAGUCCAGAAGUUCCUAAAGAGCGUACAGCGCUUCCUCAGCUAUCCAGCAUCGAAGUAGCUGAAACAACGGAAGUAUUAACGAUGAUCAGUGCCGAAGAGCUUCUAAAAUCCAAGGCACCCGAAGAACAGAAGGUUCAACCGAAACUGGACGAAUUGACUCCUCUCACAGUCUCCCACGUAGUAUCUGAAGAAGCUGAAGAAGCAUUACCCACUGCAGAGAUUCCAAAAGAGAAGACGGCCCAACCUAGUCUGCUCGGAAGGGACGUUGCUGAGACCAGCCAGGUGUUAACCAUGGCUAGCGCCGAAGAGCUUCUAGCAGCCAAAGUACCCGAAGAACAGAAAGGUAAACCACAAAUCGAGGAACUGGCACCAUUGACAGUGUCACAGGUAGUUUCUCAAGAAGCAGAAGAAGCGUUACCAUCGGCUGAAGUACCUGUGGAAAGAGAAGCUCAGCCAAGUAUGACAAGCAGAGACGUUGCACAAACGAUGCUCGUAACGAGUAUGUCGAACGUGGACAUCAUGGCUGAAUCCAAGAUACCUGAAGAACAAAAAGGAGUUCCUGGUUUGGAAGAAUUCGUUUCUCUGUCUGUGUCGCAAACAGUCUCCACUGAAAAGGAGGACGUUCUACCAAGUCCUGAAGUUCCGACAGAGAAAAUGGCUCAGCCUAGCCUGAUUGGUCGGGACGUUGCAGAAACCACACAGAUAUUGACUAUGAUCAGUGCCACCGAACUGACGACUGAUCGCGCACCGGAACAACAGAAAGGUGUACCGAACGUCGAAGAACUUACCUCGCUUACAGUCUCCCAGGCAGUGUCCCACGAAACCGAGGAGAUCCUAGAAAAACUUGAAGCACCAGGUACAGUAACAGCUAAAGCUGCUUUGUCAGGAAGAGAAGUGGCAGAGACCAGUCAGGUUCUCACGGUAUCCAACGUUGAAGAGUUUGAGAAAUCGGUACUACCCGAAGAACAGAAAGGAAAACCACGGCUGGAUGAAUUGACAUCUAUUACAGUCUCCCAGGUUGUCUCUAACGAACUUGAAGAAACCUUACCAUCUCCUGAGAAGCCUAGCGAGAAGGUCGCUCAGCCACAGAUGAUCGGCAGAGAAGUAGCCGAAAAGACAGAAGUCUUAACGGUGAGUAACGUCGAGGAGAUGCAGAAACUUGAGAAACCUGAAGGUCAGAAGGGAAUACCAGAUGUGGAAGAGAUGAGUUUCAUCACUGUCUCUGAAGUAGUUUCCACGGAAGCUGAGAAGGAGCUACCUGCCCCAGAGGCUCCCAAAGAACGCAAGGCUCUUCCACAACUGUCUGGUAUAGAGGUAGCUGAAAAAUCAGAGGUCCUGACGAUGACGAUGACCGAGGAAUUUGCGAAACCGAAAGCACCCGAGGAACAGAAAGGAAAGCCACAGUUGGAAGAAUUGUUAUCGCUAUCGGUAUCAGAAGUAGCUCUUGGAGAGGUGGAGAAGGGACUGCCGACUCCUGACAAACCAACCGAAGAAACCGCUAAACCCAGUCUUCUGGGUAUCCAGGUUGCCGAGAAGUCUCAAGUGAUCGCAUCUUCGAUCACAGGAGAAUUGCAGGAAUCGAUUAAACCGGACACAAAACAGAUAAUCCCUGAACAAAUUCCAUUCGAAAGCAUAGAACAGUCGCAAACUCUGACCCAGGAAAGGGAGAGCACUUUCGUCGUUGAAAAGACAACAACUUCUGCCACGGCUGAAGUAUCCUUCCGCGUUUCUGAGAGUCUCGAGGUCACCCAGGUGACCGCCACAGAGAAAGAAUCGAAGGAAGUGAUCAAAGGCGUAGCUAAAGAGGCUUCCGCUCAAGCGGACGUGAUCGAACGAAAGGUCGCGUUGAAAACCGAGGUUCAACCGGAGGACAUGGCUUCAGAGUUCAAAGUGAAAAAGCCAGAAGGCAAAACCGCCAAAGGUGUCGAUGAAAUUCAACAAGGUGUAAUAGUAACUGAACACCUGACUGCCCAUGAAUUUGAGUCAGAACUGCCCGAGUCUGUAUUACCUUUCGCUAAGUUAGCCAGAGUUUCUAUCCAAGCUGACCACCUGGAACACAUUGUGGAAACCACAGAAGCACCAGCGCAACAACAUCACAUCACAAUCACACAACACACAACAAAACACGAUUUGCCACAGCAACAAUCGAUCGAAUCUGAUACAGAGGUGAUCGAAGAGUACACAACGAAAUUUAGGCGCGGCAGUACCGAGGACGCGACCGCGGCUGUUAAAACAAAGAAAACGAUAGUUAGAAAGAAGCCGAAGACAACGGGCGAAGAAGACAUUGUCGUGGUAAUCGAAGAAGAACUUGACGACAUAAAACCGAAAAUACCAUCUAUACCGAAGAAACAGUUCAUGCCAAUCGAAGAAGUGACAACAGUGUCGGACGUAGAAGAAAUAGUAUCGGCAAGAAUCGAUGAGGCUGAAGAAAUCGCACCGAAAGAAGAAGAGAAAGUGGAGGUGACAAUAACCGAGGUUCAGGAUACAGAUAAGAAAAAGAAGGUCACCAAGAAACAAUUCGUAAGGAGACGUGGAAAAACACGUCAAGUGACGGAAGAGAUAACAGUAGAGGAGGAAGGGAAAGCACCGGAAACAACAGUGGUGACGAAACCCGUAGAGAUUAUUGAAGAAGACAUCGAAGAACGUCCUAAAAUAGAAAAAGAGGAAUAUCUAGUGGAAGAAGUACCUGAGGAAAAAACUAUACCUCUGAAACCACGGAAGAAGUUGACACCUACGGUACAACAAGUGGAGGAACAGGUAACUGUUACAGAAGAAAUAACCAAAGAAGGUAAACCUAGAAAGACGACGAAGAAGAAAGUGAUAACGCGUAAAGGAAAAGAACAGCAGGUUACCGAAGUUGUUACCGUUGAAGAACAAGGUAAAGCUCCGAUAACCAGUAUCACCGAAGGUCCAGUUGAAGAGGUAGUUGAAGAGAUAAUAAAGAAAUUACCCGCCCCGAAAUACGCUAAACCGUCAGAAGUUGAAGAAGUUCGUGAACAGGUGACGGUAACGGAGGAAGUGACAAGAUUAGGCAAACCAAAGAAGACUACCAAGAAGAAGAUAAUCAAACGUAAAGGAAAAGAACAACAGGUCACGGAGGUGGUUACGGUUGAGGAAGAAGGCAAGGCACCAACAACGACUGUGACCGAAGGUCCUGUAGAAGAAGUAAUGAUAGAAGAAAUAAAAGAACUUCCUAUACCAGAAUUUGUCAAACCAACAGAAGUCGAGGAAGUACGAGAACAGGUAACAGUAACUGAAGAACUAACCAAAAUGGGCAAACCAAAGAAGACCAUUAAGAAAAAGAUUAUCAAACGCAAAGGAAAGGAACAACAAGUGACGGAAGUAGUCACUGUAGAAGAACAAGGAAAAGCACCAGUUACCACUGUAAAAGAGGGACCAGUUGAAGAAGUAGUGGAAGAAACGAUCACACCACUACUUGCUCCUGAAUAUGCUAAGCCAUCAGAAGUGGAAGAAGUACGCGAGCAAGUGACCGUGACUCAGGAAGUGACGAAAUUAGGCAAGCCAAAGAAAACUACCAAAAAGAAAAUUAUCAAACGCAAAGGUAAGGAGCAACAGGUUACAGAAAUUGUGACAGUUGAAGAAGAAGGUAAAGCUCCUAAGACGACUGUGACCGAGGGUCCUGUAGAAGAGAUAAUCGAAGAAGAAAUAAAACCAGAAUUUAUUAAGCCAAGGGAAGUGGAAGAAGUACGUGAACAAGUGACGGUUACUCAAGAAGUAACUAGAGAAGGUAAACCAAAGAAGACGAUCAAGAAAAAGAUCAUUAAGAAAAAGGGUAAGGAGCAACAGGUCACAGAAGUAGUUACAGUAGAGGAACAAGGCAAAGCACCAGUAACGACUGUUACUGAGGGACCAGUAGAAGAAGUAGUCGACGAAACAGUAAAGGCACUACCUGCUCCAGAGUAUGCUAAACCAUCAGAAGUAGAAGAAGUACGCGAACAAGUGACAGUGACCCAAGAAGUCACAAAAUUAGGAAAACCAAAGAAAACUACCAAAAAGAAGAUUAUCAAACGUAAAGGAAAAGAACAGCAGGUCACAGAAAUUGUUACAGUUGAAGAAGAAGGUAAAGCUCCUAAGACGACUGUGACCGAGGGUCCUGUAGAAGAGAUAAUCGAAGAAGAAAUAAAACCAGAAUUUAUUAAGCCAAGGGAAGUGGAAGAAGUACGUGAACAAGUGACGGUUACUCAAGAAGUAACUAGAGAAGGUAAACCAAAGAAGACGAUCAAGAAAAAGAUCAUUAAGAAAAAGGGUAAGGAGCAACAGGUCACAGAAGUAGUUACAGUAGAGGAACAAGGCAAAGCACCAGUAACGACUGUUACUGAGGGACCAGUAGAAGAAGUAGUCGACGAAACAGUAAAGGCACUACCUGCUCCAGAGUAUGCUAAACCAUCAGAAGUAGAAGAGGUACGUGAACAAGUGACAGUGACCCAAGAAGUCACAAAAUUAGGCAAACCAAAGAAAACUACCAAAAAGAAGAUUAUCAAACGUAAAGGAAAAGAACAGCAGGUCACAGAAAUUGUUACAGUUGAAGAAGAAGGUAAAGCUCCUAAGACGACUGUGACCGAGGGUCCUGUAGAAGAGAUAAUCGAAGAAGAAAUAAAACCAGAAUUUAUUAAGCCAAGGGAAGUGGAAGAAGUACGUGAACAAGUGACAGUUACUCAAGAAGUAACUAGAGAAGGUAAACCAAAGAAGACGAUCAAGAAAAAGAUCAUUAAGAAAAAGGGUAAGGAGCAACAGGUCACAGAAGUAGUUACAGUAGAGGAACAAGGCAAAGCACCAGUAACGACUGUUACUGAGGGACCAGUAGAAGAAGUAGUCGACGAAACAGUAAAGGCACUACCUGCUCCAGAGUAUGCUAAACCAUCAGAAGUAGAAGAGGUACGUGAACAAGUGACAGUGACCCAAGAAGUCACAAAAUUAGGCAAACCAAAGAAAACUACCAAAAAGAAGAUUAUCAAACGUAAAGGAAAAGAACAGCAGGUCACAGAAAUUGUUACAGUUGAAGAAGAAGGUAAAGCUCCUAAGACGACUGUGACCGAGGGUCCUGUAGAAGAGAUAAUCGAAGAAGAAAUAAAACCAGAAUUUAUUAAGCCAAGGGAAGUGGAAGAAGUACGUGAACAAGUGACGGUUACUCAAGAAGUAACUAGAGAAGGUAAACCAAAGAAGACGAUCAAGAAAAAGAUCAUUAAGAAGAAGGGUAAAGAACAACAGGUCACAGAGGUUGUUACAGUAGAGGAACAGGGUAAAGCACCAGUAACGACUGUUACUGAGGGACCAGUUGAAGAAGUAGUCGACGAAACAGUGAAGGCACUGCCUGCUGCAGAGUAUGCUAAACCAUCAGAAGUGGAAGAAGUACGCGAACAAGUGACAGUGACCCAAGAAGUCACAAAAUUAGGAAAACCAAAGAAAACUACCAAAAAGAAGAUUACCAAACGUAAAGGAAAAGAACAGCAGGUCACGGAAAUUGUUACAGUUGAAGAAGAAGGUAAAGCUCCUAAGACGACUGUGACCGAGGGUCCUGUAGAAGAGAUAAUCGAAGAAGAAAUAAAACCAGAAUUUAUUAAGCCAAGGGAAGUGGAAGAAGUACGUGAACAAGUGACGGUUACUCAAGAAGUAACUAGAGAAGGUAAACCAAAGAAGACGAUCAAGAAAAAGAUCAUUAAGAAGAAGGGUAAAGAACAACAGGUCACAGAGGUUGUUACAGUAGAGGAACAGGGUAAAGCACCAGUAACGACUGUUACUGAGGGACCAGUUGAAGAAGUAGUCGAAGAAACAGUGAAGGCACUGCCUACUCCAGAGUAUGCUAAACCAUCAGAAGUAGAAGAAGUACGCGAACAAGUGACAGUGACCCAAGAAGUCACAAAAUUAGGAAAACCAAAGAAAACUACCCGAAAGAAGAUUAUCAAACGUAAAGGAAAAGAACAGCAGGUCACAGAAAUUGUUACAGUUGAAGAAGAAGGUAAAGCACCGAAAACUACUGUGAUGGAAGGACCCGUUGAAGAGGUAGUGAUAGAAGAAAUACAGGAACUUCCUAUACCAGAGUUUGUUAAACCAACCGAGGUUCAAGAAGUUCGCGAACAGGUUACAGUCACAGAGGAAGUAACUAGGCUAGGAAAACCGAAGAAGACUACAAAGAAGAAGAUUAUCAAGCGCAAAGGAAAAGAACAGCAAGUGACAGAGAUAGUCACUGUCGAAGAGCAAGGAAAGGCGCCAGUGACCACAGUAACCGAGGGACCAGUGGAGGAAGUAGUUGAUGAGACUAUUAAAUCAUUGCCUGCUCCUGAGUAUGCUAAACCAUCAGAAGUUGAAGAGGUACGCGAACAAGUGACGGUGACGCAGGAAGUAACGAAAUUGGGCAAACCAAAGAAAACUACGAAGAAGAAGAUUGUCAAGCGCAAAGGUAAAGAACAACAAGUUACAGAAAUUGUUACAGUUGAAGAAGAAGGUAAGGCUCCAAAGACGACUGUGACUGAAGGGCCUGUAGAAGAGGUAGUCGAAGAAGAAGUAAAACCGCUCCUUGCACCAGAGUUUGUUAAACCAUCUGAAGUUGAGGAAGUCCAUGAGCAGGUAACAGUGACGCAGGAAGUAACACGAGAGGGUAAGCCAAUGAAAACAAUAAAAAAGAAGAUCAUCAAGAAGAAAGGCAAAGCACAGCAAGUUACGGAAGUUGUCACGGUUGAGGAAGAAGGUAAGGUGCCUGUGACCACUGUGAAGGAAGGACCAGUUGAAGAAGUGGUCGAUGAAACGGUGAAGGCCUUGCCUGCUCCUAAAUACGCGAAACCAUCAGAAGUAGAGGAAGUAAGAGAACAAGUGACAGUAACUCAAGAAAUUACAAAACUGGGCAAGCCAAAGAAAACUACCAAAAGGAAGGUUAUCAAACGCAAAGGAAAAGAACAGCAGGUUACUGAAGUUGUCACGGUCGAAGAAGAAGGAAAAGCUCCUGAAACUACUGUGACUGAAGGUCCUGUAGAGGAAGUUCUCGAGGAAGAAAUAAAACCACUUCCAGGACCAGAAUUUGUCAAACCAUCAGAAGUGGAGGAAGUUCGCGAGCAAGUAACUGUUACGGAAGAAGUAACUCGAGAAGGUAAACCAAAGAAGACGAUCAAGAAGAAGAUUAUCAAGAAAAAGGGUAAGGAACAACAGGUAACUGAAAUUGUUACGGUUGAAGAACAAGGUAAGGCUCCUGUAACAAGCGUAACCGAAGGUCCUGUUGAAGAAGUAGUCGAUGAGACGAUAAAACAGUUACCUGCGCCCAAGUAUGCUAAGCCAUCCGAGGUUGAAGAAGUCCGUGAGCAGGUAACAGUGACUCAAGAAAUGACGAAACUUGGCAAACCUAAGAAAACUACCAAGAAGAAGAUCAUUAAACGGAAAGGAAAAGAACAACAGGUUACAGAAAUUGUUACGGUGGAGGAGGAAGGAAAGGCGCCAAAGACGACGAUGACCGAAGGCCCUGUGGAGGAAGUUGUUGAAGAAGAAAUAAAGCCACUUCCUGCUCUAGAAUUUGUUAAGCCAUCAGAAGUUGAAGAAGUUCGCGAGCAAGUGACUGUUACAGAAGAAGUAACUCGAGAAGGUAAACCUAAGAAGACGAUCAAGAAGAAGAUCAUCAAGAAAAAGGGCAAGGAACAACAGAUAACAGAAGUUGUUACUGUUGAGGAACAAGGUAAAGCUCCAGUGACCACUGUAACCAAGGCACCAGUCGAAGAAAUAGUCGAUGAAACCAUAAAGGAGUUGCCUGCACUAGAAUUUGCAAAACCAUCAGAAGUAGAAGAAGUUCGUGAACAGGUAACUGUCACGAAAGAGGUGACGAAGGAAGGCAAGCCAAAGAAGACAAUCAAGAGAAAGGUCAUUAAAAAGAGAGGCAAAGAACAGCAGGUUACAGAAUUUGUUACGGUGGAGGAGGAAGGAAAGGCGCCAAAGACGACGAUAACCGAAGGCCCUGUGGAGGAAGUUGUUGAAGAAGAAAUAAAGCCACUUCCUGCUCUAGAAUUUGUUAAGCCAUCAGAAAUUGAAGAAGUUCGCGAGCAAGUGACAGUUACAGAAGAAGUAACUCGAGAAGGUAAACCAAAGAAGACGAUCAAGAAGAAGAUUAUCAAGAAAAAGGGCAAGGAGCAACAAGUAACGGAAGUCGUGACGGUUGAAGAACAAGGAAAAGCUCCAGUUACCACUGUUCAAGAGGGACCAGUUGAAGAAGUAAUUGACGAGACUAUUAAAUCAUUGCCAGCACCAGAAUAUGCUAAGCCAUCGGAAGUCGAAGAGAUACGAGAACAAGUGACGGUGACUGAAGAAUUGACUAAACUAGGCAAACCAAAGAAAACUACUAAGAAGAAGAUAACCAAACGCAAAGGACCAGAGCAACAGAUUACCGAAAUUGUUACGGUUGAAGAAGAAGGAAAAGCCCCUGUUACCACUGUUACUGAGGGUCCUGUAGAAGAAGUGGUUGAGGAAGUACUUAAACCACUGCCUGUUCCAAAAGUCGUGAAACCAUCUGAAGUGGAAGAAAUACGAGAACAGGUGACUGUCACAGAAGAAAUGACCAAAGAGGGUAAGCCAAAGAAGAUCAUCAAGAAGAAAGUCAUCAAACGAAAAGGAAGGGAGCAGACAGUGCAGGAGGUUGUUACUGUCGAAGAACAAGGCAAAGCUCCAAUUACAACAAUCACAGAAGGUCCCACAGAAGAGAUAGUUGAAGAAACAGUGAAAACUUUGCCAGCUCCUGAAUAUGCAAAGCCUUCUGAAGUUGAGGAAGUCCGUGAGCAAGUUACUGUUACACAGGAGGUCACUAAGGAAGGUAAACCUAAGAAGACAACGAAGAAGAAGGUGAUCAAACGCAAAGGUAAAGAACAACAGGUAACAGAAGUUGUCACUGUCGAAGAACAAGGAAAGGCUCCUGUUACCACCGUCACAGAAGGUCCUGUUGAAGAGGUAGUUGAAGAACUUCUCAAACCAUUGAUUGCUCCAGAAUAUGUGAAACCAUCUGAGGUGGAAGAAGUACGAGAACAGGUGACUGUGACAGAAGAACUGACCAAAGAAGGUAAACCGAAGAAGGUUAUUAAGAAAAAGGUAAUCAAACGUAGAGGAAGAGAACAACAGGUUAAGGAAGUUGUUACCGUUGAAGAACAGGGUAAGGCUCCUGUUACCACUGUCACUGAGGGUCCUACAGAAGAAAUAGUUGAAGAAACAAUCAAAGCCCUACCUGCUCUUGAAGAUGCUAAGCCAUCUGAAGUUGAAGAAGUCCGUGAACAAGUCACUGUUACACAAGAAGUUACGAAAGAAGGUAAACCUAAGAAAACGAUUAAAAAGAAGGUUACUAAACGUAAGGGUAAAGAACAACAGGUGACUGAAGUUGUCACUGUCGAAGAGAAAGGAAAAGCCCCUGUUACCACUGUCACUGAAGGCCCUGUUGAAGAAAUCGUAGAAGAAACUGUGAAGGCAUUACCUGCACCAGAACUGGUUAUACCUACUGAAGUAACAGAAGUACCAGAAGAACUGACUGUUACCGAAGUUGUUACCAAAGAAGGCAAAACGAAGAAGAUCGUGAAGAAGAAAGUCCCUAAACCAAAGAAAGAAGGAAUCGAAGCUCCUGAAGAAGCUCCUGAAGAAGUUCCCGUUGAAGAAACUAAGAAAAUCAUUAAACUUCAACGUCUCAAAGUUUCUAAAUUCGAAUCUACGAAACUCGAUAUCCAAGAGACGUCCUUGGGCAAGCCUCAGUUCGCUCAAAUUAAAUUACGCAAAACUCCAGUGGCCAAACGUCCAAGUAAAAAAGAUGAGAAAUUCCCUCGCAUUCUCCUCAGAAGUCAUAUUAUUGCCAUCGAAUGGCCUCCUUCUCCUAAAAACUUGAAAGUGGACACAUUUGAACCAAUUGAACUCCAAAAUGGUAUAUUAUCUCGUAACGUUGAUGAAGCAGCUGCGUUACCGAAACCGAAGAAGAAGAAGAUCAAACGUAUUGAAAAGGAAAUUGCUAAACUUGAAAAACUGGAUCAAGAAUUCGAAGAGCUAAAGAAAGAAUUACCAUUGGAGAAACUGGAAGAACCUAUACUGGAAGAGAAACCAGAGCGCAAAGUAAAGAAGAAGAAGAAACCUGAAGAUAAAGCAAAGGAAGGGGUUAAACCUCAGCUGAUGAGAAUCAGUAUCAAAGAACAAAAGCCUAUCAAACCGAAAAUCGCGGAACCAGCUACACCUCUGUUCGCACAGAUCAAACUGAAGAAAGCUCCAGCUAAACCAAAGAAGAAACCUGAAGAAGAGGUAAGCAAAUUCCCGAAGAUUUUGCUGCGUAGUCGGAUUACAGCACAUGAAUGGCCACCAUCUGUGAAAUAUCCAGCAAUAUCUGUCUUAGAACCAAAUUAUAUACAAAAUGGAAUACUAUCUCGUACGAUGGAAGAGGCAUUGAAGUUGAAGAAGGUGAAACAUAAGAAGAUGAAGCUUCCUGAGAAAGAACUAACAGAGCUCGAGAAGCUGGAUCAGGAGUUUGAAGAACUGAAAAAAGUUCCUUUGGAAAAGGUUGAAGAAAUAACUCCCUACGAACGUAAACCGAAACCAGAGAAACCUGAGGAAGAGAAACCAAAGAAGUUGGUGAUAGGCAAAGGUAAACGUCGACCUGCCGAAGAAGAAGAUUUAGAAACUGUACAAUUAAAGAAAAUACCCGAGAAGAUUCCAAGUGCUCCUGAAGAAGCAGAGAAGGUACCAAAGAAGAAAGACGAAGUAGACAAACCAAAGAAAGAGAAAGAAGAAAAGGAAUAUCCGGAACUGAAACCAUUCGAACCUUACGAUAUAGAAGCACCGGAAGUUGAGCUUGAAGAGAGAGAGAAACCAGAGUAUCCUGAACCAGAGAAACCUAAAGAGAAAAAGGUUCCAGGUAAGAAACCGAAGAAGGAACGUAAGACACCUGCUCAGGAAACUGAAGCCGUUCCGAUCGUACCCGGUGUUCCCAAACCAAAGGAACCUGAAGAAGAGGAAGAGAUAAAGAGAAGAAUUCCUGAACGACCACCUCCUACUGAAGAAUCAGAGAAAAUCAAACUGAAACCCUGGAAGAAGGGUGAGAAACCAGAGGAAGAAGAGAAGAAACCUGAAGACUACAUCAAGUUCAUUCCAAAAGACGACGACAUUGUCGAAACGGUUGAAGUGACCACAACGGUGGAAGAAACGCCUGAUAAGAAGCAGCGUAAGAUUAAAAAGAAGAAAACUAUCACUAAACCUAAAGACGAGAAACCAAAGAUUAUCGAAGAGACCACGAUAGAAGAGGAAGGUUUUGAACCUGUGGUCACAGUCGAAGAGUUUGACGUAGAUAAAUACGAAGCCGUGCCGGUCGAGUCCGUCGAGAAAGCCGCGCCUGUUGAAGAGAUCAAAGAAGAAAUCGUAACGAGCGAGAUAAUCACCGAGGAAGGAACAAAGAAAACUGUGCGCAAAAAACGCGUAACGAAGAAACGCGAAGGUAAAGAACGUGUCACCGAAGAGGUGACUGUUGAAGAGGAAGGUAAAGAACCCAUAACAGCAACAAUAGAACUCCACGAAGACACUAUAUCAGAAAUACACGAACAAGCUAAACACAAAAGACCAACAAAACCAAAAGCAGACGAGAAAUUGGCCGAAGAUGUCACGGAGAAGACGGUCGAACAGCAGGAGAUCAUCGAGGAAGUGAAAGAAGUGAAGCCUACGAAGAAGGUUAUAAAGAAGGAGAAACCCGUUAAGGCUAAGGACGAAGUAACGGAAGAAGUGGUGGAAGAAAUAAUAAUCGAAGAACCAGAGAAACAAGAGGCUAAGCCGAUCGUAGAAGAAGAAGAGACAGUGAUCAUCACCGAACAUGAUGUCAGGAAAGCACCGAAGAAGAAGAAGGAAGUGGUUAUUAAAGAAGAAGAGGAGAUAUUUGAGACUAUCGAAACACCGACUCAUAAGAUCAUCAGGAAGAAGAUACGUCCGAUGAAGAAGGGCGAAAAGGAAGUCGUGGUUGAGGAAAUCAUUCAGAAACCAAGAGAAGAAACUGUAGAGAUGGAGGAACAACAAAUAGUGGAAGUCGUCGAGACACCCACCAAGAAGAUCGUGAAAAAGAAGAAAGAAGUGGUGAAGGAUGAUGGUGUUCCUGAAGAGCUUGUCGAAGAGAUCAUCAUCGAGAAACCGCAGAAGAAGAAGGCAAAACCUACAGUGGAAGAAGAGAAGAAAAAGGUCAAGGUAACGAAGGUGGAUACGAAGAAAGCACCAGAGAAGCCUGAAGAGGUGGUCGAAGAGGAAGAAGAGAUCAUCGAGACUAUUGAAACUCCGACGAAAAAGAUUAUUCGUAAGAAACCUAAAGAUAAGGACAAAAUAAUCGAGGAAGUAAUUCAGAAAACGAUAGAAGAAGCUAAAGCGAUGGAAGAACAGGAAAUCGUAGAAGUAAUUGAAACUCCAACGAAGAAGGUGAUCAAGAAAAAGACGACCACCAUCGAGGAAGGCAAAGCACCUGAGGAGAAAGUUGAAGAGAUCGUGAUUGAAAAGCCGAAAGAGGUGAUCGAGGAAGAAGAAGAGAUCAUUGAAACGAUCGAAACUCCAACAAAGAGGAUCGUCCGGAAGAAACCAAAAGAUAAGAAGGAUAAGAUAGUUGAAGAAGUUAUUCAGAAGACCAUAGAAGAAGCUAAAACGAUGAAAGAACAAGAAAUCAUAGAAGUAAUUGAAACUCCCACAAAGACAGUGAUCAAGAAAAAGAAAGCAAUUAUUAAAGAAGGUAAAGCACCUGAAGAGGAAGUUGAAGAAAUCGUAAUUGAGAAGCCUAUUAAAGAAAAGGCUAAAAAGAAGAUCCUGCCAAAGGAAGGAGUGGAAAUUACAGAAGUUAUCACAGAAACAUCUGUCGAAGAGUUAAUUGAAGAAGAGCUUAAACCUGAAGAAGCCAAGCCUUCGGAGGAAGUGGAGGAAGAGAAGGUAAAAAUUACUGAAGUAGCGAUAAAGAAAGUGCCAAAGAAGAAGAAACCAAGUAAAGCUGUCGAAGCUGAAGAGAAGGAAGAAGUUGUUGAAGAAAUAAAGCCUGAGAAGCCUAAAGAAGAAAAGGCGAAACCAACAGUCACUGAGAAGGAAGGCAUUGAAGUAACUGAGGUAAUUUCUGAGGUGGCUCCAGAGAAACUUCCUGAAGAGGCCAAACCCAAAAAGAAGAAAGCAACCGAAAUUAAAGAAACGGAAGAAAAGGUAAUCACGAAGAAAGUAAAGGUGAAAGAAGCUCCAAAGGAAGCAGUACCUGGGGAAGAAGAACAGCCAGCUGAAGAGGUAGAUGAACUUGUUCCUGAGAAGCCAAAGAAAACUAAGGCGAAGAAGGAGGUUACUCCUCAAGAUAGUAUUGUAACAACUGAGGUCGUUACUACAACGAAGGAAGAGGAGUUGGAAGUAGAAAAACCUGAAGAAGAAAAGGCUACAGUGGUUGAAGAAAAGGAAGAAAAGGCGAAGGUGGAAGAGAAGAAGGUUACAGUAAAGAAGGCUCCUAAAAAGAAACUGAAACCAACUGAAGCUGAAGAGGAACAAGUAGAAGAGGUUGUGGAAGAAAUAACACCGGAAGAACCGAAGAAGAGGAAAGCUAAAAAGGCUGUGAUUCCUAAAGAAGAGAUUCAAACAACUGAAGUAAUUCCUGGUAUUACAGCAGAGGAGAUACCUGAGGAGGAGAAACCAGAGGAAGAAAAGGCUGUUCCCAAGGAGGAAGAGAAAGUUGAAGAAGAAGCAAAGGUAACUGAGGUAUCUGUGAAAAAGAAAGAAAAGAAGAAGAAGGAGAAACCUGUAACGAACGGUGAAGUGAUUGAAGAAAAACCUAAAGUGAAAGAGAUUCCUGAGGAGAAACCAAAGGAAGAAGUUCCACAGGUGCCAGAAGAAAAAGAAAAACCGGAAGAAGAGAAGCCGAAGGAAGUGAAGCCCAAAGAGAAAAAACCAAAAGAAGAGAAGCCUAAGAAACCAAUAGAAGAGAAGCCAGAGGAAGUGAAACCUGAGGAGGAAAAACCAGAAGUGAAACCCGAAGAGGAAAAACCGAAGGAAGAGAAGCCUAAAAAGAAGAAGCCUGCAGAAAAGAAACCUAAAAUCUCAGAAGAAGAACGUCCUGAGGAUAAAGUGGAAGAGAUACCUGAAAAGAAACCAGAGGAAGUUAAGACUCGGGAAGAAAUUAUUCCAAAGGAUACGGUUCAAACAACUGAAGUAAUUCCAGAAACCGUAGCGGAAGAAAUACCGACGAAGAAACCUAAAGAGCGUAAAGCAGUACCAGUUGAAGAGAAGGAAGAGAAAGUUGAAAUUACAGAGGUACCCGUAGAAAAGGCUCCAGAAAAGAAAGAAGAGAAAGUACCAGAAGAGAAGCCAACAGAAGCUGCUCCAGAAAAACCAAAGGAAGCGAAAGUAAUGAAGAAGAAGAAGAAGAAGCCAGCUAAGAAGGACGAAAUUGAGGAAUGGGUGGAACCUGAAUACGAGAGACCUGUAUUGGAACCCAUGCCAGAGAAGAUAGUAUGGGAGCCGAAGAAGAAGAAGGAAAAGAAGCCUUUACCAGAAUCUCUUCAGAAGCUGGUUCCACAAAAGAUCGAAAGAAAGGAGAUGAAACCUACGAAGCUGAAGUAUUCGGAGCCAGCAGAGACCGUUCAAUUCGCUUCCAUAAAACUGAAGAAAGUCGCAGUACCCAAGAAGAAAGAAGCCGACGAAACCAAGUUCCCGAAAAUCAUGCUGCGCAGCAGGAUGACAUUUGUCGGUGAUUAUCCUCCUGAAUUACAGAUUCCAAAGAUCACUUACUUCGAAGAGAAUCCAGUACAAACAGGUAUACUAUCCAGAAACACGGAAGAAGCUCUUAAGGUUCUGAAGAGGAAAGUGAAGAAGGUGAAAUUAUCUGAAAAAGAGGUGACACAAUUGGAGAAACUAGAUCUAGAAUUUGAGGAGCUGAAGAAGGUGCCUUUGGAGAAAAUUGAAGACAAAUCGGUGUACGAACGCCAACCGAAGAAACCUGCGGAGAAACCUGAAGAACCAAAGAAAGUACCUAUUGGCAAGGGCAAGGUUCCAGAAGAAGAGAAGGUAGAGCCUGAAAAGGUGAAACUGAAGAAGGUACCUGAGAAGAAACCGGAAGAAGUUGAAGAACCUCUGAAGAAGCCCAAGAAACCAGAACCAGAGGAGGAAGUUAAACCAGAAAAGAAAAAGAAACCAAAAGUAAAAUUAGAACAUGACGAGCUCAAGCCAUUGGACUUUGAUAGACCAGAGCUUGAAAAAUAUGAACCUGAAGAAUAUGAAAAACCGGAAGAACCAGCACCCGAACCAGUUCCAAAACCGUACGAGAAAGAGCCGAAGAAAAAACCGGAUCAAGAAGUCGAACAAAUUCCGUUGAUAAAAGGAAAACCAAAACCACCAGAACCUGACGAAGAGCCUGAAGUUAAGUUUAGAAUACCUACAAAAGAGAAACCGGAAGAGGAACCUGAGCAGAUAACGUUGAAACCCUGGAAGAAAGAAAAACCUGAAGAGGAAAAAGAAAAGGAAAUUCCGAAGAAGGAGGAAGAGAAGGUUCCAAAACCACCAAAGGAAGAGCCAGAAGAUGUCACUGUGCAGCGUAAGGCGAAGACCAAGAAACCUAAAGAAAAGCCUAAAGAGGAAAAGGAGGAAGAAGUAACAGUUAAGAAACCAGAAGAAGAAAAACCAGAGGAAGUGGCUGAAGAAGUUACUCUAAAGAAAGAACCAGAGAAACCUGUUGAAGAAGCUCCAGCUGAAGUUACAAUCAAGAAGCCUGUUGUAGAAGAGAAAGAAGUAGAAGAGGAAGAGACGAUAACUGAAGUCAUCUUGAAGAAGAAGCCAGAGAAACCGGAGGAGGUGGUUGAGGAGGCUGUUGUAAAGAAACCAAAGAAGAAGAAACCUGUUAAAGAGGAAGAGGUAGUUGAGGAAGUGACAGUCACAAAGGUUGUCACUGAAGAAGAGAAAGAAGAAGAAAAGGUUGUUAUAAAGAAACCGAAGAAGAAAUCUAUUCCGGAAAUAACUGAAGAAGUUACUGAAGAAAUUACACUGAAGAAACCAGAGGAAAAAGCACCAGAAGAGGUUACAGAAGAAAUAAAGAAACCAAAGAAGAAGAAGCCGGUAAAGGAAGAAGUUGCAGAAGAAAUUACAAUAAAGAAACCUGUUGUAGAGGAGAAGAAAGAGGAGGAGGUUCCAGAAGAGGUGACAUUAAAACCGAAGAAACCAGAAGAGAAACCUGUUAUCGAAGAAGUGACAGAGGAAAUUACAUUAAAGAAACCAGUGCCAGAAGAAGUAACUGAGGAGGUAGCAAUAAAGAAACCGAAGAAAAAGAAACCAGUGGAAGAAGAAGCUGCCGAUGAAAUCACUCUUAAGAAACCUGUAGUUGUUGAAAAGGAGGAGGAAGAAAUUACAGAGGAAGUAACUUUGCAAAAGAAAAAGAAACCAGAAAAGAAGCCUGUUCCGGAAGAGGUAUCUGAGGAGAUUACAUUAAAGAAACCAGUACCUAAAGAAGAAGAAAAGGCUCCUGAAGAAGUAACCGAAGAAAUAGCUAUAAAGAAACCAAAGAAAAAGAAGCCAGUAAAGGAAGAAGCUGCCGACGAAGUUACAAUAAAGAAACCUGUAGUAGAAGAAAAGAAAGAGGAAGAAACUCCCGAGGAAGUAACCUUGAAACCCAGGAAACCAAAGGAAAAACCUGUUCCUGAAGAAGUGAAAGAAGAGGUUACAUUAAAGAAACCAGUUCCAGAGGAGAAAGAAAAGGUACCUGAAGAAGUAACUGAGGAAAUAGCCAUUAAGAAACCGAAGAAGAAGAAACCGGUUGAAGAAGAAGCCGCUGAUGAAGUCACCAUCAAGAAACCAGUGGUUGUUGAGAAAGAAGAAGAAGAAAUUACAGAAGAGAUAACUUUAGGAAAGAAAAAGAAACCGGAAAAGAAACCUGUUCCGGAAGAGAUUACAGAGGAGAUUACACUGAAGAAGCCAGUACCUAAAGAAGAGGAAAAGGCUCCUGAAGAAGUGACCGAAAAGAUAGAAGUAAAGAAACCAAAGAAGAAGAAGCCAGUUGAAGAAGAGGCUGCCGAUGAGGUAACUAUCAAGAAACCUGUAGUGGUGGAGAAGGAGGAAGAAGAAGCUCCAGCAGAAAUUACCCUGAAGAGGAGACCAAAGGAAAAGCCAGUAGAAGAAAUUACUGAAGAAGUGACCGAAGAAAUUACAAUAAAGAAACCAACACCAGAAGAGAAAGAAAAAGCACCAGAAGAAGUGAGUGAGAAGGUAGAGGUAAAGAAACCAAAGAAGAAGAAACCUGUGGUAGAAGAAGCUGCCGACGAGGUCACGAUCAAGAAGGUUGUCGUAGAAGAAAAGAAAGAGGAAGAAGCUCCUGAGGAGGUUACUCUGAAACCAAGACCAAAGAAGAAAUCCGUCACUGAGGAAGAAGUUGCCGAAGUGACUCUCACUAAACCAAAACCAAUCGAAGAAGAAAAGAAACCUGAAGAAAGUGAACUGACUAUAAAGAAGAAACCAAAGAAGAAGCCAGUGAUCGAAGAAGAGGCUGCAGAGGUAACUAUUAAGAAGCCAGUACCCGUAGAACCUGAUGAAGCUCCCGAAGAAAUCACCAUCAGAAAGAAGAAGAAGCCAGAGAAGAAACCGAAAGUAACUGAAGAGGUCGAAGAAACAGCUGUUACCAUAAAGAAAGCACGUGCUCCUGAAAAACCCACGGAAGAAGAAGAAAUAACAACAGACGUGCAGAUAAAGAAGAAGAAACCGCAGAAGAAGGUUGAAGAGGUAGCCGCUGAUGAACUGACGAUUAAGAAAAUUGAAGAAGUCGAACAACCGGAAGAAGAAGAAGAAGUACAAGAAUUCACGUUCAAACGAAAACCACCCAAGCUACCUCCAAAACCGAUCGAAGAAAUCUACGAAGAUGUUACUCUUCGAAAACUGCGACCGAAGAGGAAAUCCAGGCCGGAUAUUAAAGAAAUCACCGAAACGGAGAACGUCACUUUCCGGCCACGCACUACAAAAACCAAGGAAGAUGUGGAGCAGGAGUUCAAGAUCUCUUUGAACACCUACGAAGAAGAAGAUAUAUCUAUGUCCGGUAAGGUUCGUUUGAAACCAAAGAAAAAGCCAUUGACGUACUCUGAAGAGACUGGUGAAGAAACGAUCAGAAUCAUACAGGAAGUAGAAGACGAUUCUGGUCCUAUUAUCGAGGAAAUCAUAGAAUCUGACGAGGAAGGAAAAGAUGAAUACAGUAUUGAAGAAUUAGAUACAGACGAGAUGAGGUUGCCAUUGAGAAGAAAGAAGAAGAAGGUACCGAAACCGUACAAGGUGGAAGAUAUCGAGGAAGGUGAUGUGAAGUUGAAAUUGAAACGAGAGAGGAAAUACUCGAUUGAAGAAGCGGAUGAGUCGUUGGCUUUGAAGCUGAAGAGCAAGAGACGCGUUUCAACCUACGACGAAGAAGAAGCAACACUUAGCAUCACCAGAGAAGAGGAUAUCUCAGAGGAAGUGGAAAUUGAAUAUGUCGUUCGCGAUGGUGACACAAUGUUCUCCAUUUGCUCGUAUGUGGCAGAAACUGAUGAAGCCAUCAAUCUCGUCGAAGGAGAAAGGGUUUAUGUUAUCGAUCAUACGAAUCAGGACUGGUGGUUCGUGAAGAAACAUUUGACAGAAGAAAAGGGUUGGGUUCCAGCGCAGUAUCUAUUGAACGAAGUGCAUUACACUCUUUAUCUGCAACGGAAGUUGCACGAGAAAAUUGAUAAAUUACCAGUGUUUGAAAAACCUGCGCCUGGAGAUAAAUCAUCAGCCCCGAAAUUCGUGGAAAAAUUACAACCGAUACAUACGCCAGAUGGUUAUACAAUUCAGUUCGAAUGUCAAGUAGAAGGUGUACCAAGACCACAGAUAACAUGGUUCCGACAGACUGCCAUCAUCAAGCCAUCCCCAGAUUUCCAAAUGUAUUAUGACGAUGACAAUGUAGCGACUCUGAUCAUCAGGGAAGUAUUUCCUGAAGAUGCUGGUACCUUUACCUGUGUCGCUAAAAAUGCAGCAGGAUUCGCAUCCAGUACCACGGAAUUGAUCGUGGAAGCACCUCUUUCUGAUCAUGGGUCAGAUUUGACUGGUCCAUCCAGAAAGAGCCUUUCCAGAGAAUCAUCCCUCGCCGAUAUCUUGGAGGGGAUACCACCCACGUUCUCCAGGAAACCCAAAGCAAAAUACGUGGACGAGGGUGAAGAUGUGAUCCUCGAAUGCCGAUUAGUAGCCGUACCUGAACCGGAAAUAACGUGGUACUAUAAGGACACACAAAUCACGACCAAAGAAAAUAUAAUAAUCGCCACUGAGAGUGACAUGCACAUGUACUGCAGUGUAAUUAAGAUCACAAAGGUGCAGAAAAAACAGGAAGGAAAAUAUACCAUUGUUGCAAGGAACAGGGAAGGUGAAGCUACUAUUGAAAUUCCUAUGAAGGUGAAAACUGGCAAAUCCGAACCACCAGAGAUUCUAGAACCUUUACAGUCCUACGUAGUAAGGGAAGGAGAAACCGUAGUCUUAUCUACUCAAAUCGUUGGAAAUCCGGCUCCAAAAGUAACUUGGUUCAAGAAUGGCAAACCACUGAAAGGCUUGACUCCAAAACAGGAUGGCCACGUGAAUACAUUGACUCUUAUUCAGCCUCAAGUAUCAGACACAGGAGAAUACUCUGUGGUGGCUACCAAUGAUCUUGGCACAGCUGAAACUAAGGCUACAUUAACAGUUGAAAUAAACUUGAAACCUUCGCUGGCCAUUAAUUUCCAACAGCACACGUUCGAACACUUCAGCGUAACGAAGGAAAUACCAAGCGGAGCUCCAGAGCCACCAUUGUUCACUGAACGGUUCCAAGAACUUACCGUUCCAGAGAAAGGUACCUUCAAGUUGGUCGCGAAAGUUACCGGAAAUCCGGUACCAGAAGUCACGUGGUUAAGAAACAACAAGCCUUUGGAGAAAUCACCGAACAUAACAGAGACCUAUGAUGGCGAGAACAUCGUGCUGGAAAUCAGGAACGCGAACUCGGAAGUGGACACCGGGGAUUACAAGUGUGUCGCUAGCAAUCCCGUAGGAAAAGCUUCGCACGGUGCAAGGGUCACCGUGGACGUCGACAAAGUAACAUUCACGAAGACUCUAGAGAAAGAGGUCGUAGUUGACGAGUACAAGACCCUGGAAUUGACCUGCGAAACAUCGCACACAGUGUCCACGAAAUGGUGGCACAAUGACAAAGAAAUCAGUGGCAUGGAUCACCGAGAAAUCAUCGAGGAAGGACGUGUGCACAAGUUGGUGAUCAAGAAAACUAAUCCCACCGACGAAGGAACUUAUAAGUGCACUGUUAAAAAUCAAUCAACGUCCAGCAAUGUCACUGUAAAAGCCACCAAACCAGAGUUCGUGAAGAAGUUACAAGAUUGCGAGGUGAAAGAGCGCGAUGUGGCAAUUUUGGAAGUUGAAAUCACGUCGCAAACGGUGGACGUUAAAUGGUACAAGGAUGGCGAACAACUGGGACCGGGCAAAGAGAAAUUAGAAUUCGUGAAAGAAGGUACAGUAAGGAAAUUGCUGAUCAGAAGCACCUCUGUUCACGAUGAAGGAGAAUACACCUGUAGCCUCUUGGAUCAAGAGUGUACAGCUGAAGUCACUGUCAUUGAAUUACCACCUGAAAUCAUCACGAAGAUGCAAGACGUGACGAUAGCAAGAGGCGAGAGGGCAACCUUCGAUAUCGAAUUAACAAAGGGUGACGCUUUGGUGCGAUGGUUCAAAGACGGCCAAGAAUUACAAUUUUCCGAGCACGUUCGAUUGUCAAUUGAUGGAAAGAGGCAGAAGCUGAAGAUCUAUGAUACGGAAUCAGAAGACGCGGGUGUUUAUUCUUGCGAAGUUGGUCAACAGAAAUCGUCGGCUAAGCUUACGGUCGAAGAACCUGCUGUAGAGUUCAUCACCAAAUUACCGGAUGUCACCCUGGUACCACUGAAUUCCGACGCUGUUUUCGUUAUCGAAUUGUCACAGGAUGUUCCAGUUACUUGGAUGAGGAAAACGCAGGUCAUCAAGGAAUCUCCGAAAUACACGAUCAUCGACGAGGGCAAGGUGAAGAAAUUAAUCGUGAAGAAAUGUACAACCGAAGAUAUUUCGGAAUACACUGCAAUGGUUGCUAACGUGAAAACGUCAUCAAGAUUAAGAGUAGAAGUUAUCGAAACACCGCCAAAGAUCAGCCCAGACACACCAAGGAAGUACAAAGUAAGGAAAGAUGAAGACGUGGAUAUUGUGGUGAAAUUCAGUGGAACGCCUAAACCAGAGGAUGAAUGGACUGUAAAUGGUCGUGUAGUGACAAAAUCGAAACGAGCGAUACCAACGAUUGACGAGGAAUCAGCAGUUUUGACUAUUAGGAAGAUCCAAGAAGAAGACGUUGGUGAUUACACUCUGAAAUUAGUGAACAGUGUUGGAGAAACUAGCAUCGAAAUCAACGUCGUCAUCGUUCAGGUACCAAGUGCACCUGGAGCUCCAGAGCCAUUGGAGACCACCAACGACAGCGUAACGCUUCACUGGAAGAAACCAGAUUCAGAUGGAAAUUCACCUAUCGUUGAAUACAUUUUGGAGCAUCAAGAGAAGACUGAGACUACGUGGACCAAGAUUACAGAGACCAUAACAGAGACAACUCACAAAGUGACAAAAUUAACAACGAACAAAGAGUACACCUUCCGAGUGACUGCUGUGAACGAAGCAGGACCUGGUGAAACAUCACCGACAUCGCCAUACGUGAAGAUAUCAAAACCAUCAACCGCAGAACCACCAGUCAUCCUCGAACCCUUGAAGAGUAUCGUCAUCGGCCUUGGAGAAACUGUCACCCUAUCGUGCGUGAUUGGUGGAACACCCGCUCCAGAGAUUACUUGGCUAAGGAAUGACGAAAUUUUCGAGGACACCAGCAUUACAUACGAGAACCAUAUAACAAAGUACACCAUCAGGGAAACAACAGAGACCUCAUCGGCAAAGUUCACUGUAAAAGCGAAGAACAACGUAGGAAGCGCGGAAACAACGUGCGAAUUAAAGAUCCAAGAGUCGCCUAAGAUUAUCUAUGACGAGAAUUUGACUAAUCAGAAGCUACCGAUGAACGGUCAAUGGAAAAUUGAAAUUCAAAUUACUGGCUUCCCGAAACCAGAAGUUACGUGGACGAAGAAUGGCAAGGAGGUUGACGAGAAACGUGUGUCCAUUCACAGGGAAGAAAGAACCUCCACCGUAUCAAUUUCUUCGCUCGUUAGAGAAGAUACUGCUACUUAUAUGGCGAAAGCUGAGAAUCAAGCUGGCAGUUCUUCGGUUGAUUUACACCUCAAAGUGAUAGAUAAACCAAGCAAGCCGCAAGGACCUGUUGUCUUCAAAGAAAUCAGACAAGAUCGCGUCACCCUCGAAUGGCGACCACCAGCAGACGAUGGUGGAAUCGAACUCGAGAAAUACACCAUUGAAAAAUGCGAGCCUGGAAAGACUUGGGUGAAGGUUGUCGAUAUAGACAAAGAAGUGGAAAGCUUCUGCGUGCACAAAUUGCAACAGAAUGCUGAAUACAAGUUCAGGAUCAUCGCUAGGAACGCAGUUGGAGCAUCGGAACCUUUGGAAUCUGACACAGUUAAAAUGAGAACCUCCUUCGAACCACCAGGAGCACCGAGAGGACCACUGGAAGUAUCAGGAAUGACGAAAACAUCCUUCACGAUCAAAUGGCAGCCUCCUGAAAACGACGGUGGAACUCCGAUAACAGAUUACAUCAUCGAGAUAAAGGAAGAAUCGAAGAAAACUUGGCAGAAGAUCGGCAGCACCAAACACGAAACGACACACUUCAGCGUGUCAGACUUGAAGACAGACGUACCAUACAAUUUCAGGAUAACAGCUAAGAACAGUGUUGGCAGUGGACCUCCAUACGUUGCCGAGGAACCAAUUGCACCGGGCAGACGAAUAAAAAUAACAAAGCUCACCGAAAGCAGCAUGUACGCUCUGCUGGGUAUAUUCCCGCCGACAAAAAUAGUGAUCAGCAAAACACCACCCUCGAGUCCACAACACGUGCAUGUGACAAAUAUUACCAGCAAGAGCGCAACUCUCAGCUGGUCUCCGCCAGCCAGCACAGGAGGCACAGAGCUGACAGGAUACGUGAUCGAGAAGAGGCCGUUGAUUGGAAAAGGAGCAAGAUGGACGAAAGUUGUUACUCUGGACGCAACAACGCUUCAGUAUUGCGUGGAAAAUUUAAAAGAAAGCGAAUUCCUCUUCAGAAUCUUCGCUGAGAAUAAUCAAGGGCUCAGUGUGCCUGCAAACUCAGAACCAGUUACCCUAAAGACACAUGCCAGUGUACCUUCUCCACCAACGGCACCCUUGGAGAUCAGACAGAUUGCAGCGAACACAGUUGUAAUUUCAUGGGGAAGACCAGACUCGGAUGGCGGUGCGCCAUUAGAAGGCUACAAAGUCGCCAUCAGAGAUACGAAGAGGACCAUGUGGAUGGAGGUAGCCCGAGUAAACACCGAAAUACAGAAACUGAACAUCAGGGACCUCCAAGAGAACCACAUGUACCUUAUCAGGAUCUUCGCCAGGAACGAGAUUGGCCUCAGCGAUCCUUUGGAGUCUGAGGAACCCUUCAAGAUCAUACCAGCUUCAGAAUUGACAGUAGUAGAACCAAUCGCAGAAGCCACCGAGAAAGGUGAAACCGCUUCGAUAAGUUUCAGCACAGAGAACACAAGCUCUUGGCUUCGAGAGCACAACAUGGAUGCAGACAUACAUUCGUAUGCAAGAGCACGGCUUCUCAGACAAGACGAAUACUUCUUCCGCAUUUGGCACUAUGCUAAGAAACUCUUCGAAUAAGCAUUUUUACAGUUUAACAACAGGAACAAUCGUGAACGAAUCAAGUUCGUUCCCCUUCUUCUCACCAAGGACCAUAAACGGAAAGGAAAUGAUAAGAAACAUUAUCAAAAUUUAAUCUCUUUUCUUUCUUUUUUUUUUUUAUUAACGAAAUUCGAAUCUCUUCUUCCAGGAACACUUUACAUCGUGUUAAGAAUUAAUCUUAACUGUGAAAAUUUGCAAUGUUUGAUCUCUUACAGGAAUUUUGUUUACUAAGAAAACAACCAUCAUUUCAUUAAAUCGUUCCUCCAUUAGAAGCAAACGCGUAGCGGCUAGAUCGUAAGAAACGAUACCGGAUGAGUGUAGAAUCUAGUCAGCAUAGGUUAAUAUAUUUUUUUUCUCUUCAACAACGGACCAAGACUUCCUCGUAUACUGAAGAGUGAUUUUCCUCUUCACGAGUUGAUCAACGUGUUUCGAUAGUCGAGUUGCUGAAAAUUUGACUGGAAUUGAAAUAAUCCUUCGGUUGGUAACUUCCAAAAGAAACUAAGAAACUUUAUAUAUAAUCUUUACAGAUCUAUGUGUGUGUGUGUGUUUUUUUAUUUUAAGCACACAUUUUAAUAUAAUAUUCAUGAUUAUUAAUUCGACUGUGAAGAUUUGAUAUAACGUUUCUUCGUUUCAUGUUGAAAGCUCAAUUAUUAAAUAGCCAUAAAAUCGAAGGAUUUCAAAUUUCUUGCGAAUUUUCAGCUAUUCACGAAUUAAAAAGUAAGUCACGACUUCUUCGAGAUAUUAAUAUUCGUAUGAUAAAGAA